AGUCAGUCGCUGUUGUGGCUGGGAGGCAGCACAGUCAGCCUGUGUCUUUGGUGAAACCGCUAUCAGCCUGGGCUGAAACAGGACUCUUUUGAAGCAACACCCCGCCUGAAAACAACUCCCACGGGUGUCUCCGAACAGAGUCCGGGUCUGCGCGACAUCUUUGCUCCUGCAGGUAAGCUCGCUAACGUGAAGUCUUGCUGCCUCUCUCUGUCUGUGCACACACUCACUUGCAGAGAGCUAGCUGAUAUUUUCACAGUUCAGUUUCACAUCAGGAAAACAACAUUAAGAUCUCCAAAGGCUUUGUAUCCCCCUCUGUAACCUCUUACUCUCGUAACACUUGAUAAUGAAGUAUCAAAGUGAGCCUCCAGUUGGUGGGCUGGUGUUGAGGGGACCAGAGGCGGACUGUGGGAACUUCAGAGCUCACUGUUGACUCUGUCUGAGGAAUGUAAACCCCUGUUAGCUUGUAUGCUAACGAUACAUCUGCUUAGUAUAAAGUAGCUGCUGGCUGGCUCACCAACAUAGCAGGCUCAGUCUGCUUCCAGCUAAAUAGGGAAAUGAAAGCGUUUUUUUAAUCGUCGUCCUGUUUGAGAGGCUGUGGCUACACGAGGGAGAAAUGACAUGUCUGGUUUUUUGUGAAUGGAGCAGAAACUGACAAACUUAACUUCUGCCACCGGUUAGCUUCAGACACUCAGUCAUGUGUGGUUUUAAGGACUGCUUUCAGUUUGUUUCCAGGAAAAAAAGCUCCUACUUUUGAACUUUUUUAUUGUUUUAGUCUGGUCUUCUUUGUGUCUGGUGGACGGAUAGUUUCUCGUUUUAUGAGCUGCAGCUUCAAAGAUAUUCUCCUUCCCCUUUUACAUAAUAUUUCCACUUCCCAGCGCCACGUAUUUCUGCAGCUGUCCCGUUAUUAGAGGCUGGAGGUAAAAGACCACUUAUGGGCACUUACCUUGAACUGUCUAUUCCGCCUUUGUCUUGUUUUAGUCACUUCACAGCUGUUAACAGGGUGCAUUGUUCAGGCUAUUUAUGGUUGCUGACAUUUAGGUAUGUGCCUGUAUCCACCAUAAAUACUGAUGGUAGUUUUUGUGAUAAUGAUGGAAGUCACUGUGACAUUAUGAACACUUGAACCAUUAAAUCUACUUUUUCUGAGCCUCUACAUUUGUUAAAGUUGUGUACUGGACUGCACCACAUUCAAAGGUGUUCCGUAUAUUUUGUUUCUUUUGUGUUUGUCAACUAAGAAGUGGACAAAAUAUAAGGAACACCUUUAAAUAUGACACACUCUAGUACUCCACCGAUAUCCACUGCAUAUUCAAUAAUACAUUUAAGUACAGUUAUAACCCGUUUGACCAUGUCAACAAAAAUAAUAACAAUUUAGAAGCUUCCUGAAAGUAGUAACUAUUGCAGUAGAUUGCCUGGUUAUUCCUAAUGUAAGCGCAUACAACAGCUACGAAACAUUAAGUGGAAAAAAUAAAGGAAUAGAAAUGCAGUGUGAUAAUGAUGGUGUGGUUACAUUUUUAAAAAAAUAUAUAUUUGGAGGCUAUACUUUGUAUAAGAUUAUAGAAUAUACAACAAAAAACUCCAAAGUUUAAUAAGGCAGACUGAAGCAUACUGCGCACUACAGCAGCGAAUGAUCUCUUACCCCGUGUUUGUGUGAGGUCUGCUGCAGGAGCCUUUCUAGUGUUCAGGCAGAAAGGCUUCUAAAAGAAGAGAGUAAAAAUAAACUAACCCGGCUUUGGUGUUUUUUAUCCUCUACACUAUCAUAUUUUUGGAAACUGGGCAUUAUGUGGUAAAAUUCCCAUAAAUUUUUAAGACCUAUUUAUAGCCUCACCAUUGAAAAAUAUUUUUUUCAGCUGAAGGAGAUAUUGUGAUUUUUUAAUUUUAAAAGAUUUGAUUGAGUUAACUGUGAUUCAGAAAAGAUAAAGCAUAUCUAAACAUAUAAACACAGUUUUAGUGAGUUUGCAACUUGACAAUGAUAAAGUCAUCCUUUCUCUUUUCCCAAAUUAGCUCAAAGCUGCUUUGGCGUUUCAGUGGUGCAACAUAAGCAGCUGAAAAUAUUUGAUCGAAGUCUACAGUUUAUAAGAAUACAGCUGUUUGUUUUCAGAGGACCUGCAGUAAUUAUGUCUGCUGGUCUGGACCUUGUUAAGACGAUGUUCUCUGAAUCUGAAUUCCUCACAAGAGACUGUGUUAAGGAGUGUCCUUGGCUCCUCUUGUGUUCUAAAUGCAAUAUACGCCUGUGCUUGCACAAAGUGAAAGAAAAGAGUGAGUACAGCAGCUCCUUUUGUGUCGUUAAGAGGGAUGAAGUUUCACAUUGUAAAGAUUCAUUUUUUUAUAUUAAAGCAAAUUAAUUUGGAUUUCAUAUGUCAAACUGCACGGCAGGGGAGUUGUUUCUUCGUUACAGUGGCUGACUAUCAAAUACCUUAGAUAUUUCUAACUUGGCAAAAGAGCCAGCUGUAACAUGUUUGAAAGCUUUUUGAAUUCCACCUCACUUAUGAAAUACUGUUUCCCUCACUCCUCACACACCUGGAUUUGUGCUCAUUUGGAGUUUCCAUGAAAAUAUCUGGCAGGGGUCAAGAACAGUUACUGAAAUCAGACACUAUGAACCACUCGGUUUAGUUACAAAUAUUUUUCUGUGUUAAACCCUGGGAUUUUUUCAGGGUGGGGAGUCUGCCAUUCAGACAAAUAACAGUGUAAUUUUUACACUGAUAUGCUCUGUUGAAAUUAGGUGCGCAGUUCCCAAAUACAGUGAAUCACAAAGUAGGUGUGGAGUCAGCUGAGUACCACUGAGGAAACUCCACCCAUGGGAAAGAAAAUAAAUUGGCUCAAAGCAGGUUGAUGCCAAAUCAAACCAAGAGCAGAUAUCAGAGUUAUUUGCCACUCAUGAACCCCACACAUACCCGUAUGCAGUGAAGUCCUUGACACAGUAAAAUCUUAAAUCAAAACACUCACUAUCAAUGUGACACAUCGCCCGUAUUGAAAAAUAAUGAUGAUAAAAAUAAAGCCUAGUAAUAAGUAAAAUAAGUAAGACAGGAUUGUUGUUUUGACCCUACUCUACAUCUAAUCUGCACAAAAAGUCUCAAUGUGUUUUGUAACGAGCUACUCCACCAACAACCAGCCAGUCACCUAAGAUUUCAUUUCAGCAGGUUAAGAUACAAACUUCUUUAUGGACAUUUAACUCUUGUUUUCACUCCAGGAGCACUGUAGUGAAAUAAAUGGACUGUGUUCAGGUGGCUGCGUAAAGAAUACUCUCGAGUGACGGCCGCUUUUUCUUUUUGUCUCUUGCUCAGCCAACGUUUGCAUUAACAGACAGUAGCUUACAAAACCCCUGUUAUUCCAGAUGAGGCAAUGAAAGGAUUAUACUCAUCAGUUUUUUUUAUUUGAUUACUGCUUUUGGUGCAGUUUAUGUAGGUAUAUACAGUAUUUUUUCUGAAUUCUGAAAAAAAAAAAUUAUAAAAAAUGUUUCUGAUAACAGUUUAAUCUGAUUGUUUCAUAUCAGAGCAACACCAAACGAGGUUCACAAUUUAAUCAAAAACAAACAUUUUAUCAGGGGCCUGUUCAACAUCAAAGGGUGGCACGUAAAUCACCUGUGGGUCCUGAGGGCUCACUACAUUACAAACCUAUGACAGUCACUAGGAUCUAGAAAACAAAACCUCCAGGAAAAAAAGGGUUUGCCACAUUAUGACAUUAAAGCAUCCACAAUGAUUUUGCAAGAGGAAAUCAACUCAAAAUGAUCUAGAUAACUUUUAAGAUAUUGAUCCAGUGACAGAUGUUUAAACCCAACUUCACCUUCAGAAAAUAAAGGGGGACUUAAAGAAGCCAUAUGAACUUCAGAAAAUGUCACUCUGACUGAAAUUAAAUUGAAAUAUGGGGGUACAAAUUAUCAUCCAGAAAUAUUCAUGCUCCAAUUGUAAACAAUAUUAUCAUGGCAGCUUUUCUCUCAACUUUGGCAACCAGCAUUGAUCACUGGCAGCCAGCCUGGCUACAGUUUCUAAAAGUUGCCGUCGGGCGCUGUCUGGUUUCAUUUGGUGCUCUGAAUUUACACGUGAACCAGAAAGGCAGUGGAGUGAAACAGACACAAAGCAGUUUUUUUUCCCCGAGUGGAAAGUGAGGUAGAAGACACACACAUUUUAGAGCCGGAGGGGAAGAUGGAUAUUUUUACAUUGAAUGAAUAAAAAAAUGUAUUUUUCUUCCACAUGUUUAUAUUCCAUAUGCUCUCAUCCUUUGUGGUGCAAGUGCCACUUUUUUUUUGCUACCUGCUAUACAUUUAUAAAAUCCUUCUGGACGAUGAGAAGUGGCAUGUAUAUGUAACUGAAGAUUAACAAUAACAAAUUUUACCUAUAUAGGUAGGUUUUUGUGUGCUGUCUUUGUCUCCUACACACAGAAUUUUCACACUUUUGAUCUUCACACUUUAAGCCACACAAAUAAAACAAACACACCCAUUCACACAGCCUGCAAGUAUUCACACUCAUGGAUCAAACACUUACUGUUUUCAAGAAAAUGUUCAGAUUAUUUUUACCUUAAUAGAACAGAUAACUUCUUUCACUGCGAUUCAUUUUCCAGUGUUUCGUCAUUUGUUACAGACACUGUUGUGUUGUUCGGUGUGAUUUCAGCAGUCUCCAUGGAGAGGUAGAUUUUGUUUGUAGCAACAUAACCAUUUCCAUAUACUGAUGCUUGUUUCCUGGUUUGCGUGUUGGUUUUUGAGAAUUACUGCUUUAAACUACUUAGUGACUAAAGCUGCUUAAAACAAGCUGAUCCUCUGGUUUGUACCAGCUGGCUGGAGAUAACAAGCGAAAAAAAAUAUAUAUAUGCAUGUAAUCCAGAAACCAGAUUAGUGACAAUUAAUGGAAAUAAGAAUGAGAAGUUUGUGCGUGGUUUGUUGUGUAAGUUCAUGUCCAGGGCAAACGUCCCAAAAGAAACUUUUCAACAGAACAUGUUCUACAUAGUUAAUAUUUGUGCUUUUUUUUAAUGGUGGCAGAUUGUAAUAACAGGAGCAGAAGUUGGCAGCUUGCUAAUUAGACAGGCGGAUAAUCAGAACUCAGAAUUUACAGAAAUGCCCAGAGGAUAUGUUCAGUUUAUUCCUCUGAAAUACACUUUAUAUAAAGGUGAACUCGAUCACCACAUUUAGGAAAGUAGGAGAUUUUGUACUAAACUGACUAACAGCCAAUUUAGGCUAUAAUAAAGAAAAGUGAAAUCCAUGAAUCACAGCACAUGGCAAAGUAAUCCUUUACUCUCAGGUAUUGAUAAACAAUUUCAUCCACCUCUCUUAGAUGUAUUAGGGCCAUUUCCUGCUGUGGCGCAAAUACACCCAGCAGAAGAGACACUUCCCAGCAGAAAACAGCAUGAAGGAAGAUUUCUUAUUUUGCAGUUUUGUAGGGUCUCUUUUUAGGAAUGGGGCAAAAUAUCUCAGUAAUACAUAGUUGAGCUGAUUUGUGCACUUCUAAUAGUGCUGAUAUGACAAAACAGUUUUUUUGACUCCCUGCAGUGGCAAUUAGUUUUAUUUUGCUCUUAACCUCUUAACCAUAAACAUAGUGAUAGUCCCCCUCAUAGUGUCUCGUCUCUUUAAACGGCCCCAAAUCCCUCUGAUUAUGCACCUUUAAGUACGUGACGGUCCUGCGUCCCCGCUCAGUUUGUUUAUUCUCCAGUAAAAAUUAAUCACAGGACCUUAUCUUGCUCUAUCUGCUGAAUUUGGCAGAGUGCAGUUUAAUGUCGGUAUGCUUUGAUUUAUUGUUGAUGUAUGUCCUUCCAGAGCCAUUCCAGUCUCUUCUCUGAUGAGUGCCCUUAAUCAGCACAUUUCACCACUCUGUAGAAAACAGUCAAGUGUCCUUGUGGCUCUAGUUGUCUCUUCUUGGUUCUGAUACACAGCCCUUUUAAAACAUAAAGGGGAAGAGGACGCAAAGCUGUUGAAUGAUUGGAGUGUCUUAUAUUUAACUUGACUUAUUUUUACUCUUCUUCUGUGGAUGUUGAGCUGCAGAGUGGGAGCAGAGUAGAAACUAGAUAUGCCACUUGCAGCAUGCUCAGUCCUUUGCUGUGGUAAUAACUAGCUUCAAACCUGAGGCAACUGCUGGCUGUCUUUGAUCCACCUGCACUCGGAAUUAUCCAUCUAGCUAUAAAGGCGUGCCCUUCCCUGUUAUUACAAUGUAAUACCAAGUCUAAACACGCAUGUCUCUUCCUAAUUGCACAUUUUAACGGAGACAGUCAUCUCCCUGAAGCUUGAAAAUCAAACGAAUUGGUGUCUGUGUGGUGAAGCUGUUGGAGACCUUGUGUCUACUGUGUGUUGGUCCACAAUCAGCGUGACAUUUUUCCUAUUGUCGUUUGCAUUUGGCCUCAGCAUCUUCCUCUGUGAGACGCCAGCUGUCCGACUUUUUUCUUCAGUUUGGUUUUAUGUAUCCAAAUUACUCCACAGGCUUUUCAAGUGUGCCAUUUGCUAUACGUCUAUUGUAAUCAGCCUGCCAUUAAUUAAAAAAACUAAAACACAUUGAUCAGAGGAGGCUAAUAAACAUUAAUUUUCAUCUGUGUUUACAGGACCUCUUUUUGGAGUGUGUUGAUCAUCUUAAUUAAGCUUUAAAGGGAAAGGUCUGCAUGCGGCUGAGUCUUUCCUCACACUCUAGAGGCUUUCCCAUCUGUUUUCUAUCCAUGGCCCAAAAAAGAUAAUGCUGACUAAUAAUAAGCAGAUUUAAAAAAUAUUUUUCAUGUUUACUUUCAUGUGGUGUCUUUGGCGUUUAUAAUUAAGUUUAAAUGUUAGUAAUAUAUGAACUUUUAAGACCUCAAUGCUUCUGAAUGUUGCUCUACUCUGACCUGAUGUUCACUGAAGCUUCAUUUUUUUUAAUUUAUAAGGAUGUGGUGGAAGAAGUUAACAAAAUUUUGAGGCUGCAGGAAAGAUUAUGCAAAAUUUGUCUGGUCUGAGACAGCGUGUGACCAGCACAGGCAUGUGGACGUUAACCUGCAAGGAGGAUUAAGGGCCGGUGGUGCUAGCUCUGCUAAUGUAACAGACAGCAAUCCAGAUUGGUAUAGUUUUCUUUCAGACUGCAAUGUCGUGUUUAGGUGUUGUAAUUGUCCUCAAUCUUGAGUGUUUUUUCUGAGUGUUUACUCACCUUUAGAGUAGUCGGUUAGUCUGAAUUUGAAUUUCAGGACUUUAGUUGCCUCUCUGUUACAGACCAUGGGAUGAUUGGAGUUUCUUAACCAGUAGAGAUUUACUGUUAUGUUUCUACAAAGCAGUUACUCCUUGUCUUUUAUUAGGCCAUCGUGGAUAUUGUUGCAAACCUGGAGGCAGGACUUCUCUUUUGCAAGAUUGCUGUCAGUGAUUUUAUAUUUAUUCAGUUUGAUUUGUCAAAUUUAUGGCUGUAACUGGAAAAAAAGAUGUUGUAUCCAACAUUGUUUUAUUCAAUAAUUAGUCCAUGAUAUGUGCGUAGACUUCUAUUUCAAUAUAGAACGUGCUUUUGUAGUGUUAUCAAUGUAAAAUACCAUUAUAAGACUCAUGACAUAUUGCCCGUACCUCCUUGCAGAAGAGAGAUUAUCAGAUGUGGGUUGUUAGUGACUAAGCUGGCAGAUGGCAGCUCCACUGUUGAUGCUCUUUUUCUUGCAGAAGUUGACCAGAAAAUCCUCUUUAAAUUAGCCAUUUAUUUCUGCUCCUCACAUCCCUCCGUCCUCAAGCCGCUGUCUUGUGUAUGUUGGCCCUUUGGGACCCUUUAUUGCUGUGAUUCACUUGUUCUCUUGAACAGCUUGCUGAGUGGAUGUUAGAUAUCAUAAAACAGACCAGUUUUAUACCCCACUUUACACAAAAGACCUGUGUUUAGAUGUUUUCUUUUUCCCCGGCAGGAGGCUGACCUCUCUUUGACACCUCAGCCCUCAUGGGGGAGGAAAGAAAUGCAGGGAGUGUCCAGCACAGAUUUUGCAGGGUCCAAAUGGAAAAAUUAGGUUGAAGAUUUUCGUCUCUCAUGUAGAAAAAUCUCCAUCCUUCAGUGUAGCUCGAUUUUGUUUAGGUUUUAAAAAGAGUUAAGAGUAUGCAUAAAUGAAGUCAGUUACUCAGGUAGUUUGAAAAUAAAGUAGUGCAAGCUCUCAUGAGUCACGAUCUUCAACAAGUGGUGUCCUCUGUUUCCUUUUUAACUGGGCACUUCACUCCUAAUUUGAACCUGCUAGGUGAGAACACCCACCUUUCCUCCAUUGACAAAAAGGUACAAUAUCGACUGUAAUCCACCACAACACAGAGCCUCUGCAGUCCUGCAAAGCAAAGCCUUGAUGUAUCCCAGAACAAAGUGAGCACAAACACAACAAGAAAGAGGAGAAUACUGUAAGCUAAGUGGCUCUCUAGCACAACACCACCCAUUUUAGAGAAUAGUUAAGAGCUGCUGGGGAUGUUGUGGAAGUUGCUGACCUCAAGCUGUUACACCAUCUUCCUUCAGCGAGCUUAAAUGUCAUUGAUGUCUCUCCUCCAACGUGCCAGGAUCUCAUGCUGAGAUUUUCCUUCCUUAAUGGUGUUGAAAGCCAGUUUGUCACUGUGCUUGAUAAUAGCCUAACCAACGAAGGGCUGCUCGGUUUCGCUCCGUACAAACAUUUUCUAAAAGUUUGAAGCACAAACUCUCAGGUGAUUGGAAUUGUUAAAGUCUGCCUUACUUUAUAAUAGUGUAACGAGAAAAUAGACAAAGGGUUGAUUUUCUUUUGUAUCAUUCUCAUGGUUGAUCUCAAGAGGAAGAUAGAAGGGAAAUAUCAGUGAGGCUGUAAGCAUUAUGUGCCCGAUAAGCUGAUCGAGAUUAAACGAGAUGACAGUGGUCACUCCGUCAUUAGAUUGAGAAAUUCAGGGAAAUUUAGCUUGAAUAAGCUGGACAUAAGCUCUUCAUGUCAGGAGAAAUACAAGACGGAGCUUGGCUGGCGAGAACUGGCUGCACCGGGGUAUUUUGGUUUCAUAUCAUAUGAGAGAUUUGAUUUUGCUGUCCAAAGCUGGACAGAGGAGGAAGUGCCAAUAACAGGUCUGUUUAUUUACCAACAGAGUGGACUCCCUCAUGUAUUUUGAUGUAUUUUUGACAGCCCAGAGGAGGUUGUGCUGAAGAUGAUCUCAAAGCAGACAUCGUGUUGCUGCUUUAAUGUCAGUUUGAUGCCAAUUUAGAGUAGUUUUGCAGCGAGACCAGAUUAAAAGUAGAAGUGAGACAUUCACCAAGUUAUAAUUGAAUGGACAAUAAGGCUUAUUGUCCAUUAUUGGACGAUACACUGCCUUCAUCAUGACCAAUUAACAUUUCAGAGACAACAAGAGGAAUAAAUACAUAUUUUUUUUACAGAUAUGAAGGAAGUGGAAUCCUUGGAUUCAAACACAACUUGUGUCCACACUUUUCAUGAGUAAUUAAAAAAUGAGUCCACACUAUUCCUGCAAAAAUGCAAUUCUUUAGAGCCCUCUCAUCACUGUGGUAAAGUGUAUGACAUAGUUAUUGGCUUAUGUUUGCAUAACAGAGACAUUUAGCUUGACUCUUACCAUCAGCUGUUGUCCACUUCUUUGAAAGCCACAAGAUGUAAGACCCAGCCCCAAAAUGCACGAACUCUGCUCAGUUGCCUAUAGAUAAUAAUAGGUGGGUGUGAAGAUGAAAACUGUCAAAUCAAUUGACUUUCAGUUGAAUCUAGAUCGGAAGACCCCAAAUUUCCCAACUCAACAAACACAUCAUUGUUGCUGCUUUUGUUAACACGUACGCUUCUCCUCUUAGCCCACACUCUGUGCAAAUUUUUGGCAGUGGAUGGAGUGGGGGUGGGAUGAGUCAAGGCUCUCUGUGGGACGCGGCUGCUCUAAAGCCUUGCCCUGUGACCCUCGCAGUACAGCCAACCGCCGCCUGCUUCAAAGGCAACACGCAGACAGCUUGUGUCUGCAUACUUUGGAGCCAUAACCCUACCCCAGGCACCUUCCUCUGUUCCCCUCCUCUAUGCUAAAUACCAACCCACCCCAUUUAACAAAAGAAAGUGGCCCCUGUUGCCCUCGGGCGUGCAGACAACUGAUAUAGACCCAUGCUCCCGUCUCAUUAUUCAUGGAGGUUUUUGGCUUUGAGUGAAUGAGUCUUCAGAAGAAAAUGUCUAAAGCUGAUUUUUUUAUGGUGGACGUAGGCAGGAUUAAGGCUUUCCGUGGAGUUGUAACACUCUACAGGGAGCAGGAUGCUCCAGUUGGCUGGCUCAUGAUCAUGUGUCAAAUGCUGGUGCACUUGCCUUCUGUCUUCUCUCACAGUAUCAGUACCCAAAAUUUUGUCCUCUCCUCCAUCAUACUCACGGGUUAACCACUCAUUCAGGCCGUUAAUUUGGCACCUUUUCUCUCAGACUCCAUUGUCUCUCGCCUCAGUUGGACUCCCAAAUGUCUUAUCAGCGCUGUGAAUGGAGAUACUGUCUAUUCUCUUUGCUUGUGUUCAGUGCACCCAAAGUUAAUAACGCCCCUCGUGUUAUGCUGACAGGCUGAAAGCUUCUCACUUCAUUUUUACUCACUACAGACUUCUCCUGUCAGUCACUUGUUCAAAUGGUUGUGGUUCUUAGCUGAAUUGGGGUGUAGAAAAAAAACUUGGCACCACCUAAACAAACAGCAUAUUUGUCUCCCGUGUCCUUGGUUGUUGUUGUCUGUGCCAGUGGAGCAUGUACAUCGACUUUCAUUGUUUGUAUCCAAGUGCUUUGUAUUCAUUAUGCAUUUAAAGGGACAUUCUGUGAUUUUUUUUUUUUCUUUUUGGGUCGUAACUUCAAAGUUGUGGCCAUUGUGAGUUUGGGUCAUGCUGCUGUGUAGCUUUGAGACCAUAAAACUAAAGGAAAUCAUCUCUUUGCCAGGGAAACAACUCCCCAAAAGCCUCUUCUUUAUCCUAUUAGGGAGAAUGCAAAAGGAUUCUUCUUCAGUGACAAGUGACGCCAGCCAGCGUUUGAACUUUUACUUUAAAUUCAAGUUCUAGGCUUCCUUAAAAAAUGAGUUGUUUCUUUGAUGCCAAAAAGAAACUACAUAAAACCUAAAGUAGACAUAUUUUCACCUUUCAUUUUGACAGUCUUGGGCACAUACAGUAACUCUGAAUGGUUUGCAGCUCAAAAAUCUCCUUAUCUAUCAUGUACUCGCAUCUGUGAAAAUGCUCAUUUCAGCACUUUUCAGCCUCUCCUUUGAAUUCUUCAUUUUGGCCGCCAGCAAUACAAAGCUGGACACAGCACAGCUCAUGGGUGUUACUUUUUUCACAGAUUUAUGGAUGUUAAACAACCUGCUAAUUAUGACUUCACUUAUAUAGACAUAACAAAUCCAGCUUAACUGGCCUUUGCUAACAAAGGAGUCAUGAGUGAAGUGGCGAGCACAUAUAGCUUUGUUGUGUACAGAACGGCCAUGGAUUUCUCUCCUAUUUUUAAUGCACUUUUCUUGUGAUAAAGAAUAAUUUUGUUAUCUCGACAUAACAAAGAUCGUUUUCUCAAGAUAACGAAAAUGACGUUUUAGCCGACCUCAAACGGUAACUUUUAAAAUUGGGAUAGUGGGACAUUUCUGAAACACCGCAGUCACUGUUGUCAACAGCAAGCCGGGGUUUUCAUUUAAAACACUGACUGCACCCUCCAUUAUGCGCAGGCUCAUUAUACUUUAAAUUAUACUUUAAAUUUAACUGCCAUGCACGUUGAAGGUGUCAUGCGCAUGCACAGAGUUGAGUGUGCCGACGUUUUUCUUGAAAAUCCCUGCUAGCAGUUUACCACAGCGUUUCAGAAAUACCCCAAUCCGAAGGGCGUUUUCAAAAGUUACCAUUUGAGGUCGGCUGAAACACCUUUCCGUUAUCACCAGAAAACGAUCUUUGUUAUAUCAAGAUAACAAGAUAAUAAGUCGUUAUCCAAAGAUAAUGGUGCAUAAAAAAGACAAACCCAUUGCUGUUCUCAUCUUCCGUAGUUGUGGCUGCUAUUGACUAGUAAACAAGAAGUGAUUUUUUGUUUUCUGUUGUCUUUGUCUUUGGGAGGAGAAAAUAACGGUGACUUUCCUUCACAACCAGCGUCUUUCUGAGACAUACUAAAUUAGAAGGAAGGAAAUGUGAACAGGGGAAAUGGACUUUCCUGUACUCAAAAUUUGAAAGAUUGCACUGGUGCUGUCAAGUGAGUACACCCCAAAACACUGUCCUGAUGUGAUGGCAGCACCUGAUGUCAGGUUCAGGCUAAGUUUAGAAACAAGGUAUUUAGAGAACCCAGAAAACAUGUCAGGAGAUUAUGCAGAAAUCUGUACAAUUUAUGUUUAAAAACUUUGCCUCAGUUUAGUAUGGAUAUAUUAGUAUGAAUUUGGAGGGUCGCAGUCAUGAUCUUAGCACUAUCUCCCAACACUUACCUCUAGAGUGUUUGUUGCUCUAUGAGGAAAUUCUGUGUGAUUCUCUUUGAAAGCAGCAAAGUGGUUCAACAGAAGAACAGUUCAAGCCUCUAAAUGAUAUUGUACUCGUGAAGGAGUUCAUUCCCAUCCAGUUGGCUCAUUGAAGGGCUCAGUUAAUGUGGUGAUGUCUCGAGGCUGCCGUUUUCCAUCACUCUCUCAAGAGCUAUCCACUCUUACUACCCAGUGAGGAUAAAGGAUGUCUUAGUUAAUUGUUUUAAUAGGCAUCUUUACAACUCAACACUCUUUAAUAUGGCAAAACUGGGAGACUAUUUAGCUCUCUUAGAUCCCCUGAACAAAAAUAGUGUUCCAAGACCCCCUUUGCUAAGCCUCUGUGACAUUCACACUUGAUUAGGCUUGCAAAUGAAGUUUCCCUUCUUUUGAGGUGGGAGGUGCGACCUUGGCCCCAGAGACCUGUUAAGUCUUUAUUAGAUUGGCUGGACAUAUUAAGCAAGGAGGAAGUUUCAGCCGUGUUGUAACUGCAGACCAUGUACGUGCCUCAUCAGCACUUAUUCUAGCUCUUUUUCAUCGCUCUUGUUUGAUGGGUCCCAGUUUCAUCCAGUAUUUGACAUUGAAAUAAAGAAAGUAAAGAGCCUCCAUUUGCCCCCUUUUACCAGUUUUGGUGUCUCCACAUCAUAGCCAGAUUGAGUUUUGUAACCUGCACUUGCACAAAUACUCCUACAUCUGUUUUGCAUGGGCUACAUUUUGGGGCAUAUCGUCACGAAACAUGCACCGAUAAAUCGUCCAGCUGAUCUUAUUGGCGCCGUUUUCCUCAAUUUUGGGGGAUCGUUGAUUGGCUGAUCUUUACAUAUGAAACAGAUUUUAUCCACUGAUCUUAUCUACCUCAGCAAAGGUCUGAAAGUCAGCCGUUGUAGCUUUUUGCUUUGCCAGAAUGACAGGCCCGCCCACCAUGUCAAGUGUGCAGGCACGCACUACCUCAUGUGCAGUUAAACACAAAAAGUUUGUAUUGUUUCACAAGUAUUGCUUAGUGUUUUUCAUUACAGUAAGAUUGGAGCAUUGAAAGUGUGUGUCGUCAGUUUCAAAAAAAAAAAAAAAAAUCGGUAUCUACCAAAAUCAGUAUCAGCAGGUCAAGCUUCUUAAAGAUCAGUGAUCAGCCAGAAAGUUGUGAUCGGUGCACCCCUAUUCAUCACCCUCUUAAAAUAAUAGCUUAAGAGGUCAAUGAUCAAGUUGUACAAAUUUUUUUCUGAAUACUCUCAGAAAAUAGCCAAACUCUCACUCUUUACAUAGGAGAUUAUACUACAAGAACAGUAGCACAUGAUCUGUUCAACUGAAGAUUUAGGCAAUUUAACCAGAGUUGGGCAGCAUCAUGAAGGACUGAGGUUGGGAGAAAAACAUCAUUUUUGUCAAAAAGUGAUUUAGGCCCUUAUUUUAAGAAGGUGACGAUUUGCAACAAAAAUAGAGAUUCUUCAUUUGACACAGUUCAUUUCCCUUCAGUCUCACCCAUUUCUUAUGUAUGAUUAGGUGACUGUCUAAUUAUAUUGUGACUUAGCGUCACAGGAAAAGCAGAGGUGUUACUAAUAACAUGAAUUAUGACUCUUGUCAAGUCAAGUGUUUCAGUGAAAAAUAACAGUGAGACAGAAAGUGUCAUACUGGGGCCCUGAAACUGAAGCAGCUGUUUUUUUUGUUUCUUUUUCCCCCAAACUAUUUAAUAAAAUUUUAAUGCUGCUGUUGUGUCACCAAAAGGACAAGACAGUGUACUAAUGUGCAAACUUUUUUAUAUGCAUGGGUAGGUCCUGUUCAUAAUAAGAGAGAUGAAAAAUAGAGGAGCUAUGUGGUCUCUUAGCAUCUGCAUCAUGUCUGGAUAAUUAUGAUUUUGAGCCAAAGUCAGACAGAUGUCUGAAUUACCGCUCUCCAGUAAACCUGAAGUCCUCCUCAGACUGUGUUUAAAGAGAAAAAGGAAGAAAAAUAUGAUUUAAUUUUUGAUCCUGUUGAAACUAGUUUACUUGAUUUGAAAAAUUUUAACAGCUCUUGAGAUUGUCAAUUACACCAAAAGAAGCAUUCUUAGCUUGAGUAUCUGUUCUGUCUCUAAAAGGUUUAGAGUCAUUUUAGUUUGUCCUUUGCAACAGCACAUUAGCUUCAUGUUUGCUUAUGUAAUUCAAACAAAUAAACUGGACGUAUUCUGCUAUUCACACACCCUCUCUGCUAACGAGCUCCUGCUCAAACCAGCAGGUCAAAGAGGAUUUAGGUUUCAGCCAACCAGAUGAAUUCAGAUAAUUGUGUUCAAAAAUUACCACAAAUUAAAAUGCCAUUUACAACACCACAGGGAAACACAAUGGCUCACUGUUGCUGCGCCGUUACCUCACAGCGAGGAGGCUGAAAUCUGCUGGCCUUUCUGUGCCGAGUAUUCUUCUUGUCCCCAUGGGUCCGUCUCCUCUAAGUGCUCUGGUUUCCACCCACAAUCCAAAGACAUGCAGGUUAGAUCAACUGUGAGCUCUAUUUCUCAUAAAUGCUCCUCACAUUGAAUGACUUAUUAAAGUGUUAUUGUCCUUGCAAGUCUCAGCAGAGUCCCAGAUGAAUGUUGUAAAUCACUGUUGGCCAGUGUGUGUUAGAAUUGAGGUCGGCAUUAGAGCUCGGAUGUUAAAUGUGUCUGUUCUUGAAGUUUGAGAGGGCUUUAGUUGAACAAAGAAAACAAAGAGAUGGGCUUCAAAAGAGAUGAAUUUAUGAAGAGUGUUCGACUGAGAGGUUUUUGAAAUUCUUUGACUUAACGGUCAGAAGAUGACGUUUUUCUCAACUUUGUUUGUUGUUGGCAAUAAUAGAGUCUAAUUUAAGUUACUUGUGAAGUUAAGUGAAUGUUUUACAAUAUAUAAUAACAAAUGAGAAAGUUUAAGCUUGUACAUUUUCUCUUUUAAUGAUUCCUUUUAUUACAUUAUAAAUAUAAUCAUCUUAAAUCCCCUCUCUCUCUUAUGUCACAUUUAUGUGUUGAGAUUGGGUUAAUAUUUUAUGUCUUGCAUUGAAGUAAAAGGAUAUUUUUUUCCCUUGCACAUCCCUCAGUAUCAACCUCAUUGUGUUGAAUGCUGCUGAAGUCUAUAAGCUGUGGGAAUGCUUACUGCAGAGAGGGGAGUGAAUGUGCUGUCUCUGUAGAGCUCAACAUAUGAAGAAGCGCAGCUGAGUAAAUAGGCUUUUCUGUUCCAUCAAAGUAAAGACAUGUCUCUUCUCUGCUUUUCUAUACCCUACUGCAUACUGGUUCCUCGUGCCUGAGAUAUACAUUUGCUAUUCAGCUCAGCUCUGACAGCAACCCUGUUAGCAAUGACGAAUUUGAUGGAGGAUAGCUUUUUCAAUGUCAUAUCUCCAACCAAGUCUAUCCAUCUACAGCAAGCACACCCGCUACCAAGGGAGGAGCCUUUUGUCUAAGAGGAUGGUAUGGUACAUGUACAAAGACAGGUUGUUACAGAUAUUGGUACCUAUAAAUAAGUUAUCAAGUGCAGUUGUCAGUUAAUAUGUUUCAAGCUGUGUUUUGUUCUCUGUUUAAUGGACCUUGGUCUCAUUCUUUUGGUUCAGCAUCAGUGAGUGAAACAGAUGGAGGUUUGUCUCCAUGUUGGGAAUGAGGUCAUUUCAAGUUUUCCAUCUACAGUAAAGAAAGACCUUCACAGUUGAAGUCCUCUACCAAAAUAUAAAACCAGUGGAUUAGUCUGUACCGAGCAUUGAACUGAGAUUUAUAACAGCUUUUUUGCAUAAUUACUGAAAGAUAGUGACUAUAAAUUUAGCAUCUCUGAGUACAAUGAUCAAUAACAUAAUUUUUUGUUUUUCAUACAUGCGUUCUUGCUAUAUCUUUAAGACAUAAAUUUGUCAGCUUUUGAAUGCACAUUUUCAAGUAUUAACCAAGCAGGAGCCUCUGGGGUUGAUGGAGGAAGCUCAUGUAUGAAAGUUCAACAUCGCAGUUCUUCAAAUGACCACUUUAGGACGGCUCUUACAGUAAGUCAGUUCCCAUAGACCUCCAUGUUAGUGCGUGAAACUUUGAAGCUAAAAUGAUCAUAUUCACAGCUAGAAACAGUUUUGGAUUCUGUAGCUUUUUCUGCUUUUCUCACGACAACUUUACCAGUCUAAUUUUUUAUUUAACAGUUUAAAUUUUUGGCCUACAGCACUUUUCAUUAAGGGCAUGGACAAGUGACAGAAGGGGGCCUCCAGCAGGGUUCAGGCGGCAUCUAAUUUAAUUCACUGAAUUUUUAUCCCUUGGGUGUCAAUCUUCCAAUCAAAAAAAGGUCAUUUCUGUCUAGAUGGUAACAGACAAAUGUCAAACUCAAGCCUUUUGUACCCUUUGCAAUAUUCAAAAUGUUCGUUUUUGUUGACUUGGUGGAAAUAGUGUAUUUCAAAUCAGUUUGUUCAUCUCCGAGGGGCUAGUUAGGAAGGAUUGUAAUGCAACAUUUCUCUCUUUGUUUGAAUGUUUAAAUCUAAAUGCAAUAUCUAAUGAUGUUCAAAUGUCACACCUCUCUGGUAAUGUCAAUAAAAGUGGCACCUUUUAGAGGAAAGUAAUUGUACAAAUUAAAUGGAUUUCAUGGCACUGCAGAGAAAGAGUGUAUAGCUGUCAGAAACUUCUUUUGGUCGUAAAUUAUGACGUGAUUCUCUGUCUUUCUGCUGAGUGCUGGUGUCUUUCAGUAGCACUUAAGGGCUGAACUUUAAAAUUAAGUUGUAAACAACCCUUUCCCAUGUGUCAGUGCCCAUCAACCAAAGAGCCAUGCCCAAAUAGCAGGAGACAUGGCUGUAUAUACAAUGCCUAAAACAUUUACACACCCUUCACUACAUAAAUAAUACAUUUAAAAACAGGCUGCAAACAGACAAUAAUGGUAAGGUGAAGCAACAUCUCAGAUGUGUUAAGGCAUGAACUCUCUAAACUGAGUCACUGAAUACAUUUAAAAUUCAAGAUGUCACACAUUAUAACUGUUGAGAGGUGCCUGGGGUAAUUUAAAGAACAUGUGCAAUAAUGCAGAUGCUACAAAACACAGCGUUAUCACAUGUUGGUAACCGCGCUGGCAUAAUUAUAGAACCUGUCCAGUGCAAAACAAUUAAGGAAAAUGAACUCUUUUUGCUCCAGCAAUCAAAUAAAUGAUAGGUAAAUCAUGCAGCCAUGUUGAUUUAAGAGUGUGUAAUUAUUGGAAUCAGGAUCUGAGUUGUCUGAACAGUUUCAUAAUGAGUGAUUUUGACCCAAGAGAAGCCUGCAUAAUUAAAGCAUUUCAGUCAACCUACAGUUUGAUGUGAUCACCUGUUUGGCUCACACCUCUCAGUGAGAACAAAGAACAUUUCAUCCAACGUUUCCCUGCCUACGAUGACAUUGGUGGUAACUAAUUAUAGUUUUUAAUUACACUGAGAGAGAAAGAAGCGUCUUCGGGCUCUUUCUUCUGAAACACUUCCAGUGGACAUUUGGACUUUCCAUUUGGAAAGUGUCACAGCCAAGCCACAUGGACAUUCUGGGUUACAAACCAAGUUUCCAGCUCUCACAGACUUGUGAGCAGUGUCAAAGACUUGGCAUGGCCUUGUUGUACACUCUGUAAAACUAGAGGAUUACAUUCCUUAAUCAUCUAACUACAAGCUAACAGUAGUGUAAUAGUUUUAAUGCCCGUAGCAUGUUCCUGUGUGGCCAUAUAAACACAGAUGGUGUCAGAAUGGUCUGAAAAAGAGGAAAAUGACCUGAGAGCUGCAGGGAGAGAUUGUAGGAUUUAUCUGAGAGCAAUUACAGGGAAGAUAGAAAACAGGAGAUUGACAGGACACCGCCGCCCUCACUGGAGUAAUAAUUUGCUUGGAAAGGCCACUUAUAGUCAACCCGUCAGAAGAUCUGCUAGAAGAGAGCCCCUUUUCCUAUCACCUAAAGGCUUUUUACCUCUCUCUUCGUCAGGCAUGUCCAACCUUGUCACUGGAUGGCCUACAGACUCCUGAUAUUUCUGCUAAAUUCUUAAACCCAGAGAAGCAAGGUGAUUCACAGUUUAGCUCGAACAACAGACUCUCAGUUAUUUAUGCUCAGACUCUUGAGAUCUUGUAUUUGUUAAGUUGAAUAAGGAAAGCUGAGAUGUUUAAACCAAAGACUGACUGAAAGCCUCUCUCAAUGCCAACAACCUUUUGUCUGUGACUGAAGGGGGGUCGACUUAUCACCAGAGACGUGUUAUCAGGCCAAAUCUAAUCUCUUUGCAAAGUGAUGGUUAAUUUUCUCACCGUGGCAAGACUGCUAUUAUUAGAUCAAUGUGUUUGCCGAAGACCCUCACCAAGAAAAACACAGUGUGGCUUCAUUUCUUUCAAUCCUUCAGUGGUCUCUGUUUCUGUAAUUAUUCCUGCAAAGACUGCUGGUGAUCUAAUCAUUUCAUUAGGGAACCUGACCUUAGAUUCCUCUUGAGGGAAUUGAAUAAACGCUUCCUCUCUCAAACUGAAAUCAUAGCAGGGACUCCUAUCUGCUUUCUACCUCUACCCCCCUCUUCUUCCUCAUCAGGAAACUGUAUCUGUCCAUCCUUAUACCUCCAUAGCCUUCCCCUUUUCUGUAAAGAAGUGAAUCACAUAUCACACAAAAUUCCUGCACUUUUGGGUUUCCGUGUGAACAGAUGCUUCCUUUUUCCUGUAGUGUAAAGAGACAGUGGUGUGUGGGUAUAUAUAGCACAGAGCAGUGUGGGACUAUAACUGACUUAUUAAUGGCAUAAAUGUGGUCUGUGUUUGAACAUUACUGAAACUGAGAGUUUGGCUUACUUGAGUGUACUGCGAUGAUAAAUGACCUGAACGUGUCCCACUUUCCUCUCCUUUUUCUAUUUCUGUCUUUCUCGUGCCAACCGUCCCUCUCAGUCCAAAGUCUUGACAUUUUAAGAGCAGGUCUGUCUGAUUGAUGAAUAAGGAUACAUGUAUAUGCAGAAUUCAGAGAGGGGAAGAAUAACCUCUCCCACCCUCCUCUCUGCCAUGCUCUUUGUUCCCCUGUCUUUACUUCUUCAUUCUGUCAUAUCUGCUGGAGAUUGAGCGAUAUAUACCAUCAAAGCCGUUUUGAAGCUUCCCACUCUCCUCCAAAAUCCUUUUGAUUUCCGACAGCAUGAGCUGCUUAAUAUUCCAAACUAGUCGGUGGCCUUUUCAGAGAACUAACAAGGUUCUGAAGAUGCAAGUCUUGUCUUCAUGUGAGAGGCAGCUGGGGCACAGCCCUCUGCUUUUUCAGAGCUCACACCGAGAUGUCUGCGCGACUAACAAGUUCAAAGCUGUUCGGGAGAAACACAGAGGCCGGUAGGACAUGUUCUUGUGUCAGAUGUCUUCUUGUACUUUGUCUGCAAGAGUGCCUGUCCUCUGUCCCUUCAAAGACAUGAUAUGUUCCCCCUUCAGUGUGGGUGUGGCACAUUAUUUACUGGGUCAGGGGAGUCAGGAAGUAAUCCUUGUUUUUGUUUUGGUGCAUUAAAAAAGUAUUUGAUUGUGAGGAUCUACUCCAUUUUAGGACUGUAACCUAAUGCUCCCACUAUGCAGAUCACAACAGCAAAUGUUUUCUCAAUAAGAAGCCUUACCUGGUUCUUUUACGAACUACCUAGCUAUGGAUAAUACUUAAUUGUAAUUGGUCCAAACCCCUGAACAAUGGUUUCUAAUUGGUCAAUGGUUGUGAAAAAGCACAUCGUAUCAAAUCAAUCCAUCGAAAGAAAGAGUUACAGUAUGUGUAGUACACAGUUCUAUCCUCCUUAAAUGUUAUUGUUUGAUAGCGUCCUAUAAUACUCAGAACAACAUGGUUGAUAUUUUUUGUAAUACAACUCUUUACUAAUACUCAGGGCUGGGUGAUAAAACGAUAAUAAUAUGUCUAAAAUUUAUUUCCCUCUAUCGAUAUGAAACAUGCCCAAUAUGCUUUUGGAUAGCAGGCAUUCUGCCAUUCUGGGUCCGCUCUGCGCCGAACCGACCAUUCAGUCCGCUUUCUCUUGUGCAACGCCUUCAGACAAAACGUCAAAGAGACACAAAGACCUCACAGAUGCAGUAGCUUAUUGUAUUACGAAAGACUUGCUACCAAUAAACAUCGUUACAUUUCAUUUUUUAUAUUGUGAUACAUAUCGGUAUCAACUGAUAUGAAAAAAAUAUUGUGUUAAACUUUUUCCCAUAUCGCCCAGCCCUACUGAUACUAAAUGUUUACUUUUUUGUAGUGUUACUUGGCAGCCAGAUAUUAUGCAGGAUAAUUUAGUCGGCUGGUAAUGUGGAAUAGACUCAACAGGGGGAGACAAAACCCCUCGGUUUCACAUUAAGGUCCUGUAGGGGUUCCCUUUAUAAUAACUGAUGGCUAACUAUACAUAAUUUUUUACUAACUGUACAAUAUCAACCAACACCAGUGCUGACAGCUGUUUGCUCAGCUGUUUUACUCUGCUCCAUACAGUCGAGGAAAUUCUGAGAGCAUUGUGAAAUAGUUUAAUUUGGUUAAUGUAUUACUGUCUGCAUGUUUGUGAACAGCACACACACGUUACUGAUAUGUCAAUGAAGCACUUUUCUGUUAAACCUUAUUUUUCUACACUCAUAGAACAAAUGCUUGAACAAUCCUACAGAGAGAUAAUGCACAGAAAAAGCAGUAAUUUAAAAAGCUAUAAGUUGCAGCACUACUGUCUUUAAAAAUAUUAUCAAUCAUGCUUACAGUCUAAGCCUGUGCCAAAAUAAAAAAAUCUGAAGUAAAUGAACACUACUUUGGUGGCAGCGAGUCUUAAAUACCAGCUUUCGCAUACUUAAUGAGAUAAUGAAUAAUUCCUGGGCUAUAACUAUUUUUUUUUCUUUGCACAGAGUUUGGUGUGCGUGUAUAUUUAUUUGCUGCUUCUGUGACUUAUCAUUUGAGUCUGAUGGUAAAGUCUUUUAUCGCCAGCUUUUUUUCCUACAAGGAUGAAAAAAACAGAGUUUACUGCUGAGAGCACCACAGAGGCCUGACAGGCACCACGGGUAUUUACUCAGCUUCCAAAAACUUCCAAAUUCUUAUUUACUUUCAUCUUGGCUUCCUCUCGCAGGCUUGUCUUUGCUGCCUCCCACUCCAAGCCUUAUCCUCUCAUCCUGUUUCUUCCGUUUAGAGCUCGAGUGCUAAGUAGGAGUGGCUCUCCGGGACUCUUCAGUUUUGGAGUUUCUCUGUUUUGAACUGUGUUUGCGCGCUGACUCCACCCGCAUCCCCAGAGCCUGUUUUAGCCUGUUGCAUCAGCCUCCAACUGUGACACUCUUGUGCUGUUAUUACAAUGAUCUGAUGACUGAAUUCAGAAAGUACCUUUGAUUGUUUGUUUAAAGCGCAACUAGCUCAUGAUGGUAAAGGUGAAAUGUGGAAAUGUUUGUGUGAGAAUUCUCGAAUGGAGAUUUCCCCUGGUGAAAAAAAAAACGAAGCUCAAAGAGAGGGUGAACAGCUGCACGCAGUCAGGGUGUAAAUGCGGCAGAAUACCCGCAUUUUUUCACAGGCACAUAAAGGGAGCGGCAGAGCCUUUAAAUAUAUGCAAAGCACCACUAAAUAACAUCAGAAUUUACUGUCUACAUCCCUGAACACUUGUGACAGCCACAACGCAUCUCGCAGCAUGUGAUAUAGGCCCACUGAAACCCUCUUUGUCUGGUUAAUCCAGUGUGAAAAUUACCCUAAUGUUUUGAGAGUUGGGAGAGGUUGGCAUGGGCCCCAUGCUUCGGGAGAGGUUGAACAGCAUUGGUGACUCGCUCAGGCCCCGAGGUUUGUUUUAAAGUGGGCUCAUUAAUUAUACUCUGAAUCACAUUUGAUGCAGUAAGAGGUUUUUGGAGCGGUGAUUGGGGCUUGAGGUGAAGGACGAUCUUCUUUGGCAGAAUCUUGACUUAUUGUUCUAUGCAGAUUUUUGUGAAUUCUAAACAGUGAUAUUAUAAGCCUGACAUUGACAUUGUGCUCUCCCUCUCACAGCUUUCCAUAAGUUGUUACCCAGAUGCACUCAUUUAAAUGCUUUUGAAAGGUGGAUUUGAAUAAGUGCUGAGCAAGAGUUUGAACCUCAGAUUUUCAUUUUUACUUUUCUUUUUAGGCAGUGAAGGUUUUUAGAUGCGAGUUGAUCCUAUGCAGCGAUUUCCACUAUAAAGUCAUGUUUGUUUUGAGCUCAGUGCUGUCUAAAAGCCCAAAGGUCACAGCCGUCCAGUAUUGAUUUUGGACCUUGUCCCUUUUAUAAAAAGAUUCAGUGAAUCUCUGUAAGAUAUUUUGAUGAAAUCCUCAAUUUUGGGGGGAUUUUAACAGCCAGGAACUUUGGUAAUUGCUGAACUGUUAGCUCACACAGCCUCCACAGAGUUGUGAACCUCUUCCCAACUUAUUCCUGAGAGACUCAGCCCCUCUAGAGUGCUUGUAUCAUGUUUCAAAGAGCUGUAACAAAUUCAUAUCAUUGUUCGGGAAACGUUCCGCCAGGUGUUUUUUUUUUUAACCCUCACAGAUAUGUCAGUGUUUUAUUGUCCCUGCCUGGACUGAUUUGAAAAAAUGAGAUAAGUCUUAAUAGGCAUCACAUGUAGAAUCAACAUAUUGAUUAGUUUUCGUUGUACUGUUUCCAAUCAGAAAUAGGAUUUUAAUGAUUAGCAAAACAUCAAAUUCUGUUCUCAUCAACUCAGUGUUCCAACUCUUAUCAAAUUGGGAUUAUAAUAAAAAACAUUUAAAGUAAGUUUUUCCAGGAAAAAGUGUCAAAACAACCCAGUCCAGCCGAUAAGACAGGGCAAAAACGUCUGUGACUCAGCACAUGGGACACCAGCCUGAGCUGAAAAAAUGUGGUUUUGGGAGUUACUUGAAAAUUUUUAUCACUUUGCACGUGUUAGUGUGCUUGUGUGUGUGUGUGUGUGAUCAUUUAUAGACGAAGUUGAUGGAAUCUCUGAUAAAACGUGAUCACAUGAAAUCAUUUUGGCUCCAGCGCGUCAAGCUGAAAUCUCAAUUUAACAAGCUCCUCACUUUGCAGACUCAGAGCUGUUGGAUAUUGCUCUGGGCAUCAGAUGGUCAGUGAUGGCUGGCACUGCGGUGGCAUCAGUGGUGCGAUCAUUCAAAGUUUGGCCAGCCAUUGACUCCCUAGAGAAAAUGGAUGGAUUAUGAACGCCCAACAGAUGGGUCCCCCCUCUCUUUUUUUGCACCAACUACAAGCCCUGAUAGAUGGCUGCUUAUGUCAGGAUGGCUGCAAAUGAGGAGCGACUAAAAUAAUUAAUGGCCUAAUAUCACUGUGAGUCCAGCAGCAGUAAAAGACAUAUCCUCUGCUUAAUGUUCAAAAUGUAUUCACAGGAGAGAGCCAUAAAGUUGAUGUUCAUGAUUCAUAUGCAAGGUGUCAACCACUUGCUUAAGAAAGGUCGAUUGAAUAGGACAAUAUGUAAAGGCUAUGAAAAAGGUGUCAGCACUAGGCUAAGAUUUGAGGGCCACAUGCUAAGCCGUCUGAAAGAGGAGCUGGAGUUUCCCGCUUUCAUACCCUUUAGUUUCACGCUCCUAAGUGAUCUUUCCUCCAACUCAUAAUUUAAUUGCUGAACUUUAAAAUGAAAUGCUUUAGAGGUUCAAAUAUCAAAAUCUCAGAGGAGCCCUUCAUUAUCCUCCCAGUGCGUAAAAAGCUUCUUUGUGUUCACAAAUUGGUUGUUUUGUUUUCCGUGCAGUAAUUGUCUGUACGACUGAUGCCAAGGUCUCGAACCUUUUCAACCAAACACUGUCCUUCAACCCCCAUUUCUAUGAAAUUGUGUAAGUUUUUGAAUCAAACAAAAACAGACAGGAACAACUUUUGAGUUAUGUUUACUACAGUCAGUGCACUGACAAAAUAUUCAUUUCAGCUAUUUAAUUUUCAGAUCUGUCUUCAAGCAGCAUUUCUAUCAGGACAAAGGAGGGUGAUGAGAGUAUCUAUCACCUGCUGAGCUAAAUAAGUCACAUCCUGCACCACAUACUGUAGUUAAAAGAUGAGAAUCUUCUCUUUCAUUAAAUACACUGCCUUAGUGUUAUUUCAUGGCAACGAUUAUUUACCCCGAGGCUUGGUAUGCUUAUUAAACUGCAGUCCUGCAAAAACUCCAACCCUCACAAGGUUAGUUUUGCUGGUUGUGAGCUCCUCCGCUCCACUCCACUCCUCAUACAUCUCGAGUUGAAUAGAAUAGAAAUAGAGCUAAGACCAGCCAACCCUUCAAUGGACAGAAAUGUAGAGGCCAUUUUCAACGAGCACCAUGUAACAACCUUCAGGAAGUCCUCAUCCAAACAUUUGUCUACAAUUCUAUACAAUUACAGUCCCUGUACCCGUUUGUCAUUUUGAGAUGCAAAACAAUGCUCAGUGUGCUCAAUCCUUUUGUAUUUAUUCAACAAGAUAAGAGGAAAGGUUUUUUUUUCAACUAAAUAAUAAUACAUUUUAUUUAUAUGCGCCUUUCUGGACACUCAAGGACACUUUACAGAGUAAAAACAGCAGGAUGAAGGCAAUUGAGAAAACAAUACAAACAAAAUAAGUAUAUAUAUAUAUUUAUUUAUAAAUAAAACAAACAGAAUCAUGACAAGAUAAAGUAUAAGGAGUGUGCUAAUCUGAACAGGUGGGUUUCAGAUAAGGUGAAUAUUUGGAAAAAUGGAGAUACUGUUGUGCAGAUUUUGAUCAGAUAUUUCUGUUCAUUUCUUUCUUGAAACCACAUCGAUUAAUUUGAGUGGAUGUUGUGCACUAAAGGUUAUUUGUUGAGGUCAUAUCUUAUGCCCACUCAGCCAAUAUUCAAGCUCCAUUGUAUCUUGUAUGUUUUUUAUUUAAUUUCACAUAAUCACAACAUUGAUAGUUUAUUUUGAUUGCAUCAUUAGAUAAUAUGCAAAUUUUGCCAUUUAUUUUAAUGCUUACUCUCUAUAUUUAUGUAUUCAGUCAUCUAAGAGUGCAGACCCUAGAGAACGUGUGUGUGUGUGUGUGUGUGUGUGUGUGUGUGUGUGUGUGUGUGUGUGUGUGUGUGUGUGUGUGUGUGUGUGUGUGUGCGUGCGCGCGCGCGUGUGUGAUUGCAUCGAAUAUGUAGUGAAAAACAAACAUGCACACAUCAAGACGGAUGCUUGUUUUGAUUGAUUUAAUGCAGUAAGCUGUGAAGAUGUCACUUUGACUGAAUAACAUGUUUUUGUGUAUCCGUAUCAUUUAUACCUAAAUCUGUUUUAAAAAAUAUUAAUUUUAGACCAGAUUUAAGCUCCACAAAAUAGCCUUUUUAAAACCAAAUCUACAAAUGUCACUCCUCCAAAUUGAGAUAUUAAAAAGGUUAUUUUGUGAUCUACAAACUCAUGCCUGAAAGGGUUAGAUUUUUUCACUUAAAGUUAAUCCUCAAAUUAUUUCCGCUGUGAAUCACACACUCCCACAACUGGAAGUAAUAUCUAAAGAAAACUAUUUUUGUCUUAUAGGCGAUAUGAAAUCUGAGGACUUAUAAGUAUAUAUUCAGUCCUGCAAAGAGCUAGCAUUAGUUUACGUUAGGUUUACCUCACUAAAUGGCAUCUUAGCUUACCUUGAUUGUCCUCAUGUAAGCUCAGGUAGAGCGACAACAAAUACUCAAAAAUAAAGGGGCAUGAUCAUUUAAUCCCCCUAAAGGCAUUUGUAGGCACCAGUAGGCUAUUAAAAUCUCAUUUUAGUAGAAACAUGCUGUAAGAGCAGUUUUGCAUGCAUGGAUUAGUGAGGAGAAUUUCCUUAUGAAGACCUCCUUCGGCACAUCUGCAUCCACACAACCUUGAAGGAUGAUGAGCAGAUUGUGCUGCCUUUAAGAUGGGCUUUUUGGUUCAGCUCUACACACAACGGUAUGUAUAAAUUGGUACGUUGUUCUGCACCAUCUGAUCGUAGCGCCUUUAGAAGUGGUUGUGUGUGUGCAGUCAGUCUUCUACUGAGAUGCCCCCGUCAGCCGAGCAAGACUACAUCCAGAUGUUCAAGAUAGUUGAUGUGAAUGAAGGCGGUGGAGAAAAUGCGGAGAUGGCAGGAGUGGUGCAGGAUAAGCUCCUGGAGGAAUGAGCAGCUCUAGGCUGGCGUUUACUCUCAUUUUCUACUUCUUCUCACCAUCUGCCUGCAGCACACCUGCCUCAAAAAAGAAUCAGUACUCCCUUACAGUAACCCAGGACUAUUGAUUAAGACUGCUGACAUUUCUACUUCCUUUUCACCGGCUGGAUACAAGGUGUGCCAUCUCUCAGAUGAAGGCUACACACACACACACACACACACACACACACACACACACACACACACACACACACGCACACACGCACAUUGCCCUUUGUGUCAUCAGAGCAUGAUGAGACUAGAAAUUCAGAGUUCAAACUUUUUCAUCAGUGAGCGUCUCAGAGAAAGAGCACAGCUACAGGUUUGCAAUUUAAAUACAGUUUUUGAAAAUCUUUGUUUUAGUCAAAACAGGCUGAGAUUUUUGCCUCUGUUUCCUGUGAUGUUUUAUUUUUAACAGGCAUGCUGCAGUGUUUUUGAUGGGUCACAGAUGUGACUCUGUUUUUCCACGAGUUAAAUUUUCUCCAACAAAAACACACUGAAGGCUGACUGUAGAUGCAGAGUAAUUUAUAACAGCGAUUAAGCGUACCAUUUUUACGUUUUCACCUCAGUACUGGGCGAUAAAACGAUAACCAUAUGUAUCGAAAAUGAAUUUCCCUCAGUAUCAAUGUAAAGCAUGGUCAAUAUGCUUUUUCGAUAGUCUGCAUUAAAAAAGGAGAAAAGGGCGUUCUCUAGGAUUUAGUUGGGUUUAGAGCGGCAAGGUGUGUGGUGUGUGUCCCCGUUGAAAGAUACAGAUGUCCAGUUUAGUGGUGGAUUUAUUUAACUGUGGUUUUGCAGAUACAGAUACACAGCAACAAUCAGUACAACUCACACCAUAUAACACACAUAUAUAAUAUAACUCUCUGAAUAUAAAGGAAUGUAUUCAGCAAUCAAUCAUAUGAUAUGUGACUCAUUUAUUGUAAACAAAUUAUCUCACAGGAGGGUCACGUCAGCCAUGGUAAGAAUUAGUUUAUUAGCUGAACAUUGAGUAGCAUGAGAUAGCAUUAGCCAUAUUCAUGGUAAACAAUACAUUAACGCAAUAUAGGAUCUAACUUGGACAGUGAAACAUCAUAAAACUCACUUCUGAAAAACAGGUAAGAGGAAAACUAAACUUUUGCAGCUGCAGCAUCUUACACACAGGUGCAGUGUGUUUAAUCGCGUCGGAAUGCCUGUGGUGCAUUCAUGUAUAUAGGAUAAAUGAAAACUCAACGUAAAACACAAUAUUACUAGAAAACACCUAAACAACAUGCGCUUUUUAACAGGCAUUCUGCCAUGUUUUGGUAGACUAUAGGAAUAGCCAAUGAAAAGGGGAGUUGCUAUGGGUCUACUUCACGCUGAACCAAUCAUGAGCUGAAUUAGAACCAAGUAACAAAGACCUCACAGAUGCAGGAACUUACUAUAUUGCAAAAGACAUGCUACCAACUAGCACUGUUAAAUUUCAUUUUUUUAAUAUUCUGAUAUACAUCGAUAUCUACUGAUAUGAAAAAAAUAUAUCCUGAUAAACUUUUCCUAUAUCGCCCAGCCCUAAUGCACCUUAUUUCUCAGUAGUUCACUCCACUGAAGUGCUCCCUCUGUAUUAUCCAUUUCACUCUCCGUUGUUUUUGGCCUUCUCAAUCUGUUCUCUAUUUUCUCCUCGAGUACUUUGAAACUGCAGGGGGCCAUGCUCUGCCAGGAGGAGCCCAGCUGGUUUUAUUUCCACAAUAUCUAAUUUAAGUGCUUUGUCAAUAAGCACAUUCCGUGAAAAGAUCAAUAUGCUCUCCUUGACGUGGCAAUUUAGCUCCUUCUUAAGUUUAAUAGCCUGUUUCAGCUGGGGCUAGAAAUACAUUGGUGAGAUUAAUUGCAGAGUAAAGUAUCCAUGUCACUCUGUGCAUAUUUGUCCUGACAGAGUGGUUGUACGUUAAUGACCCUGCUGUCGGCAGGACUAUAAAUUCAUCAUGGCAGCAAUUACAAAUAUGUAUUUGUUUCCUCAUCUUAAUUUAUUGAGCAUACCUGUCAGAGUCGGUGUGGCAUUGAUUUAAGGUUAUAAUUAGCCACGGUGAAAAGGGAAUUUUGUCAGUUCAUAAUUUUAUUUUCCUUUAGAAAAGUUAGUAUUGAAAAGCUGAUUAGCAGAAAGGUGCAAUCAAUCAUAAUUUACCACCGGAAACACUCAGCCUGUUAAGGGGCUGCGUGUUGAGAAUGUAGAGCCUGUUCAGACAGAGAAACAGAGGAAUUCAGUCCUCUGCUUUUAUCAGCUGAUCUGCUCUGUAACAGUAACUCAUACAGUCAUGUCAGGCAUGAGAAUAUGUAACAUGUUAUUAACCAACAAACACCUGAAGGCUCUCGAUGCACAGGAGGAGUUUUUUGAUUUUUGCGCCCCCUGUGGGCAAAGUUGUCUUUUAUGAUUUUGUCCUGUACAUGAUUAAAUAGUGUUUUUCUCCUUUUUUUGUGGAAUGUGUGUCUUUCUUGAGAUCCUCUGCAUCACAACCUAUAAAGAGGGCUGCAUCAGCAGUGUGCAGUUCAUUACUCUGUCCAACACCGACCCUCUCCAGCCGUUUCAGACCUUGGAAAUAAAAUACAGACAUUUCCACUCUCCUUGUUAUGGUUUCAAGUUUUUCUAGAAGUUUUUCUCUCCAUCUGAUAUCCAGCUUAAACGUCUUGAGAGGAGCUUAUUUUGUGUUUUUCAUUGUCUUACAUUUCUGUUGACUUUUAUCGUUAUGAACAUAGUGUCUUUUUAUUCUCGAUUUAAUCAACACGAGGAGGGGACAUGACCCUGCAGCUCCAAGCUUGUUAUCACGUAACUUGUGACAAAGGGGAAACAUUAAUAUGGCUUCAAACUUCAGAUCUUAAGAAGCCCUGUCUCAGGAGCCUUUGACUGGGACUUCAAGGCUUUAGUCUGACAGUGAUAAAGCUGAUUAAUGUCAUCCAUUUAGAUCAAAGUUUCAUGGAUGCAUGAUUAAUGAUGCACAUUGUUCACAAAGGAGAAAAUAAUCAUUUUCAGCUUGAACAAAACUAGAGGACAAAAAUAUCUUAAAUAUGUUUGUGUCUGUAUCUGUCAUUGUACAUCUCAUCUAUACUACUUAUCUGCACUUUGACCCUCUUCACGUCAAGUAUGUCAAAUAACAGAAUUGUCUGUGUGUAUCUUUUAGAUUUAACUCUGGUCAGCCACAACACUCAGUAUUCAUCUUCUCCUCUCUUAUAUUCAGGUGCUGAGCAGAAAUUUCCAGACGUACCAGCUGUGGGAAGACUCGGUGGUGAAUGUCGACAGGAUGCCCAAUGAGCUGACCUUUUCUUUGUGAAUGGAUUAGAGGUCAGUAUAAAUAUCAGCCAUAUCACUAAUUCAGGUAUACAAACAUUCACAAUCAAGGUCCCAUUCAGCACUUGCUGGAUGAAAAUUAUUACUUAGACAUCAUUAAGUGCUGACAUUUUGCUCAUGCACACCCUUUUAUUAUGACCUAGCACUGGGUAAAUUUGUUUUAUGAAAUGAACUCACUCACCGCGUGUGGAGCUAAAUAACUCACUCUAUAUGCAGUACAACCUCUUUUGCAUGCCAAUUUGUCCUCUGCUUCAUUACAUGGACAAAUUAAAUCCCAAACUGAGGCAUGCGCCACUAUCCGUUGUGAGAGAUAGCCCGGUCUUGCUUGUAUGAUGAAAUGAUUAAGCAGAGCUGUUAUAGAUCCCCUUAAGCCCUGCAUCCGUCCUCUUGUCAUCAGUGAAUCAUCUUUGAUAGCGUAAGGAGAGAUGGAGCUCUUUGAACUAACUGUGGCUUCAUUAGCUUGCAUAACACGGGUAAUUGUGUGUCUGCGUGAGGAGAAACUGCUGGACUUGAGACACUGACACACACUCCCCUGAAGCAUCAUUAUAAUCUCUGGAUGAAGGACAAAACACACUCCAUCACAGCUUCGAUUUGAGACAGUUUAGUCACAUGGUAGAUGUUUUGCAAUUAUAUUUGUACACUUAAUAAGCAAUCAAUAUGUCAUUGAGGAAGACUUGUUAUUGAUAUGAGCCUGAUGUGAUCAUACAAAGGCAGGGGUAUACACAUUAUUUGUUAGAUAAUCUCAUUUCAAAGGCUUUGCCCUUGAUAUUUAUGCAAGUUUUCAGUGGGGCUAAUAAUGACACGACGCUCGUCACAGAACUCAGUAGAUUUCUUAGUUGAUUGGCAAAUAUGAAGCUAAAUUAGAUGAGCUGUUUAGAGCAGAAAAGCCAUGGAGAUUUUCUGCUCUAAAUUGGCACAAAAGCAGACGUUUACAGGUGCAAAAGCAGUGAAAAGCUGUGAAUAGACAGCUUAUGCUUAAUGAAGCUUGGCACCCUUAUACCUCCGACAGAGUGAAAGAAAUAAUAGAAUUUAAGCAUCAAAAUUGCUUCCAAUAUGGAAGAACCUCAAGUCGUAUUUUAUUGUCUUUUGUUUUUUGUCAAACAGAAUAAUUAAAAGUCCUGAAAGGAAGAGGCUGCGGGCUUGAUUUUAGCUUCAUUAGCUGAAAGAAAAUAAUGUGUUUCAGUGUCAUUAGAGUUUUUAAAAGCAGGGAUAGAGGGGAGAGGAAAAUGUAGAAAACAACUAAUUUGGUAUUUACUUUUAAAAUCUCUUCAUUACUUUCAAUAACACAAGUCACACAAAAAGAUAACACAAGUGUCAUUGAAGCUCCACUGACACCUUAAUGUUUGAGUGGUAACUGCAGACACAGUGGACUGAACUUAAUGUAUCCAAAGCUAAAAUGCCAAAAGCCUAAAACUUAGAUUUUCUUAAAGAAGUUUGGUUGCAUAUCCAUUGAAAUUAACACUCUUUGCAAUGGUAAUAACUUGGCACAGUUUGAAUCCGCAUACCUAAACAACCCUCCUGUCGGUUUCUUGUCUUAAUCCACAAAUCGAAACAUUUUGUUGACAUCUGAUAAAGUUAUGCAUAUUGAACAUUUUCAUUAAGCAGCAACCUCUGGGGUUAAAAAUGAAGCCAAUGUGGAAGUGUUAAAAAGUGUGUUUCCUCUUGAGGGUGACUUCAGAAGGAAAGGACCCCCCCCAACACUUGCAAUGAUUUUGCCACUUUCACAGCAGAAUUAACACAUUUGUACAAAAACAUUUUUAACCUAAAUCGUUAGUUUCUCUAUUUGUACACACAUUAUGACUUUUUUUUGUAAUUCUUACCUUUUUUAAAGAUAUGAAAACAAAGAUUUUUACAGGGCUCUGGGGGCGGAGCUUGGAGUUGUGGCAUAGGAAAUCUUACUGUAUCUGAGCCUGUCGUUCUGGUCUGCCAGAGAUUCACAGCGAUUUGAAUGCAGAAAUAAUUAGAAUUGCAAUUUCGCCCUUAUUUUUGUCAUGACAGGUUCUGUAGCAUCAGAAAAAUACCAUAUGAGCAUGUAGACAAUAAAAAACAUGAUUGGAAUGGGCCUUGAAGCAGUUUGAGUGGUGCUUCCAGGCAUCUGAUGGAUCCUCAAAUGAUCAAAAUGCCUCUUUUGAUAAGUUGGUCAUUUUCUUAGCUCGGCUCCAUUAUAAGUCUGUCAGUAAUUUACUCAGAAACAAUUUCUGGGUUUCUGAAAUUCACCACCCACCAGUGAUUUGUCAGAUCAAAAGGAUAGAUACACCAGAAGUUUCACUCAGAAAACUUUACUGGUUAUGCAGGGAAUACAAGAAUGCAUUUGUAUUAAGCUUAGGUCGCUUUUUGUGAGUGGGUGUGUGGCCUUUUAACACUCCAAUUCUUAUCAUGCAAAAAUACAUUUUUAUGAAUAUUGAGUGCUCUGAUUCCCACUUUGGAAAACAUUGCUAAAACCUUUUGUGCAUAUAAAAGGUAAUUGCAAAGCAUUUUAUUUCUUCAGUAAUGAACAGAAAAGUUUGCGCUCAGGGACUGUAUACUAAGAUCUAUUCCCAUUCUUUUCCAUUAAACAUUUCGGUCUAGACCUCUUUCUUGUCGGGGUAUUUUGCAGUAAAUCCUAUCACAGCCUGAUUUGUUCCUUAGUACUAAGUAUUCUUUAUCACUUCCUGUUUUUCAGAUCUGUCUUUCCAUGUUGUGUUAGGACAAGCAGCUGGCAUGACCUGCAUAAAGUUGUUUAUGCAUUUCUCUCUUGUCUCUCCUCCAUUUGAUUAGGAGUUAGCUUAAUCCCUCAGUAGGGCUCAGUUAUAAGCUUUUUGGUUAUGACCUGCUUAAUCCUCCUACAGGAGAUAAAGCACACAGUCGCAUUAACUUCAAAGCAGUUUACUCUCCUCUAAGCUGCCCUUAAACAAAGCUUUAUUACUGAGCUCUGCAGCAACUUUACUUCUUGGUCUGUUGUGUUGGUGUAGGUUUGUUAGCUGAGCAUCUGCUAUUGUUAUCAGUGACGCAUAAGGAAAAGUGACCAUAUGUCGUGUGCAGACUUGGAGCAACACCAAGCUUUUUGUCUGAUGAAGUGCAAGUUUUUCAGUUUGGUGGUGUUACCAGAUCUGUAACUGUGUCACUCAAGGCUACAACAAAUACUGUAUUAAUAGAAGAUGAAUAAGAACCAGUUUUCUUUUCAGUGUUUUCAGUGUUUUCAGCAUAGCAGUUGUGUUUCAGAGUGGAUUUUUUUCUUAUUCUCAUGCUGGAAGAGCUCAAGUAAAGAGUGAUAAUUUUCAUUUACUGGUAUCAUUUGAACCAAAAAAUGUAUUAACCAAUCAGGGAGCUAGGCCAAUGGUUAAUUUAUGAUAAAACGACUGUUUCGUGCUGCCUUGUUGUCACUAUUUUUUGUCACUCCAGGACCCUUUUGGCUACUUAAUUUUAGAACUUACCCCAAACAACAAAAGUUGUCGCUGUCAGGCAGAUGUAAGUGACAGCGCAGCCGACAGUUUUCCUUGAAGUGAGUCCCCAGUGCUUCAUCAUGAAUAUGCAGACCCCUCUGCUCGCUGUGUCUGCAGCUCUUUGCUUUCGACUGCAGUCACAGAAAAGAGACAGGAAGAGAAAGAGGAGAGAGGGUCUGCAGAUAUAGCAGCCAGGCUGGCACAGGUAGCAUUUUCUAGAUUGUGACGGCUACACUGUUCCAGUCAUUGAAUAUACUUAACCAAUUGGUUGGUGUUUUUAACAUUGUGUUGCUCUUGACAACUGGAACGUUUUGCAAUACCCUGUGAAAAUCAUAUUUUUUGAUACAUCUUCAUUUUGAAGAUAAUGACUCAGUACCGUACCUCCAAUCAGUGCAGAUCUGUACUUUAGACACAAAGGAAAUUUAAAAGCUGUGAUGAUUUUAUUUGUUUAUGAUUUUACAGCUUUUAAUGUAUUCAAAUGUGGAAGUUGCAACAGGUCAGAAAAAGAAAACAUUUCUCGUUAUCUUCCCUCUUGCAUAAUCUCAUGGUUUCAGCAUGAAGAUCCUGUCAGUUGUUGCCUUGAAUUCACCCUGAUGCCUGCACAGUAUCAUAAUCAGGCUGUGAACUGCAACAGACUGCAACAACACGCACACACACACACACACACACACACACACACACACACACACACACACACACACACACACAUGCACACACACACACACACACACACACACACACAUGCACACACACUCACACACACACACGCAGCAUCCCAUCUCCACAGGAGCUAACAUGCCUCCCAGCUUCAGCAUAAGCUGAUAAUUUACAGGCAGUCCAGCCGUGGAGGAGAGCAGUGAAAAUGUCAGGAGUUUAGUUAAGGCUACAACACCUACACCUCAUGCAUACACCGGGGCUUCUGCUUCAAUAGCUCCCAAAGGGUGGCUCAUGAGCACUCUGCUUUUAUUGCAGAGAUGACUGCUUGUGAUUUUUACGCCGGAGGACAGCAGGAGAAGAAAAACAACUUCAUUCAGCCAUCUCUAUGCCCACUGCUGCUGCAGUUUUGACAUGUUGUAAAUGUUUUACUUUUUGGCUAGGGACCAGGACACAGAUUAGCAGCUAGUUGGAUAUGAUGUAUGUUUAACAAAGUCGCGUUACUUGAUUUUUUUUUUUCUGUGAAAGAGUUGAUAUUCAUGAGACUCUUGUGAGACCUCCCCUGGCCUUCUUACUUGGGAUCUAGGGGAUACAGAUAUCCAAAUAUUAGCACAUGUUGGAGGAAAAGUAUGAAAGUUGUUGUCUAUGUCAGGCAGACGUUUUAGUUUUAAGCCACAGGUUCACUCGCUGCAUUUGAUGAGGCAACUAUCAGGGCACCCAGAGGUCCCUCAUACGUCUCGGUCCAGCACAGAUAAAAGGCGAAAGCUCACAAUCAAAGUGAGAAGCCUCUUGAUGAUCUGCAAAAGCAGCAGAAGGGCUGUGUAUCAUCAGACAUGUGAGUGCCCAUGGGACCCCGGGCCAGCAGGGAGUGGAGACACUCCUCUGUCAGAGUGUGAAGCUGACGUUUUCUCACUUGGAGAUGCCUGUCAGACAAAGAUUAUAAACAUUUCAUUUACAAAGUUGGAUAGGAAUUAGUUAGUUAGUCAUGUUGAACAUCCUCUCAGUUAAAAAUUUGGGUGUAAGUUUUGAUUAUCACACGGAGCAUUUUUCAAUCUCUGAGAGAGAUCCUGAAAACGACCAGUAUUCAGUGAUUUUAUUUGGACUAUUGGGGCUGCAACCAUGGGCUGUUGUCAUUACUGAUAUUUUGGUGGUUAUUUUAUCAAAUGAUUCAUCACUGGGUCUUUGAUAUUCAGGAAACAGAAAAGUGUUGGUGAGACAUCUGUAAUUGUUUUGUUGUUGUCCAACUAAUGACUAAUAAAUCAUUCAUUUUAAGUUCAAAAGCAGAUAAAAGAUAAAGUGUCUCACUUUUGUCAACAUGAGGCUGUAACCAGCAUUUGUGAUGCUUUUUGACAGAAGAACGAAAAUGAUGCAUCGGUUUAUUAGCUGUAGAAUAAUUAGUUUGUUAUUUGAUUUCAUCCAUCAGGCAGCACGGCAUUAAAAAAUACAUGAUUCUGGAGUGGAAAUCACUGUUGUCUGUGGAAACAGUUUGUCUCUGCAUCCACAUAAGCAGUUUCAAACUGUGCCGAGCAAAGAGGAAAACAUUUCUAAACAUGAUUCAGAAAUGCCCAGAGGUGUCUACUGGAGGCUCGAGCUGAGACCGAGUCCAACUCUUUUGAAACGUGUUUCCUGCAUCACCUUCAAAAUAAGUGCAUGUUUUUCAUUAAAGCAACAUUUCUCAGUGUCAAGACCAGAUGAGUUGACCUUGCCCAAUUUUUAAUUAAAUUUAGGCAAAACAUCAGACUCUGUUUUAUCAACAUGUUACGCAGCAUCUCAGCUCUAAAUGAAUUGAGGCUGUAUAUUCACAGGUUGGUACCGCACACACACACACGACUUGUUUACUUGCUUAUGAACAAAGACCAUCAUUAUUUGACAGCUGAAGAGGUCAUUUAUUCUGGAAAUCUAAACUAAAGUGAACCCAAGCCUCUGAAUAUGCAUGAGGUGUGUUUGUUUUUCUGUUUUGCAGAGACUCCUUAUAGACGUAAGUGAACCGGACUCAAAGUACAAGAGAGACAAACCGCUCCUGUCUGAAAAAGUGGUGAAAUGUUGUUUGUCUGCUUUGUUAUUAACUCACAGGCAGCAGCACACAUGUCUCUUUUAACGAGGCGCCGGUGGAAACAGUUUGGAAAACAAUGUUUUGAUUAGUUUUUCUAUAAGAAACUCUAUUUAUAGGACAUGUCUUUAAAUGAGAGCAACACACCACUUUUCAUGACGAACAGCGUGGUGCACGAACUCCUGUGAAUUAGUAAAGCGAGUCUGCGUGCAGCCCGUUGAUUAGAAGCCAAUACUUAUUCAUGGAGGACUGGAUUAGGUCACAUCUGAGAAUAGCUCUUUUGACCCAGUCCUUUCAACACCUUUAAUGUGGAAAGAUCAACCUCUCUUUGAGUUCUUUAACUCUUUCCCCGUGUGACUCCAACAAAGCGUGCUUCAUUUUCACCCUCUUUGCGGUAAUAAGUCACUCUCUGUCAAGUGAAAAUAAAGUGCACCAUCUCCUUAUUCUUAUUUAAUGUUGCAACUAUUGUUAAUUUAUCGUAAUAAAAAAUGGAACAAAGCAGCUUCUUCUUCAUUUUACUUCAAUUCUGUACCCUCUCGAUCUAGGUUUCUUGUUUUUGUAUCUGCAAGAAGCUUCUGUCCCUGCAGCAAGUUUCUGUCUGGUUUAAACUCUAGUUUCAGAUGCAGAGGAAAUAGGGAAACUCUGAACGGUGGAGUGUAAUAUUAUCUGAAUUAGAGUACUCAUAAUUUCUGAUCCUUGAGCAAACUACUCUUAUAAUUUGCUCACCUGUGAUAUUAACUCCACUGCCUUUUUGGCAGGCUGCAGUACUCCUCCUGCUGCAGUGCUUAAGCCUUUGUCUAUCCACCUUGAGCUCGAGCUCAACACCAGCGACGAAUCACUAUAAAAAGAGCCAAUUAUUUAUAGUCGGCUCCCUGACAGGCCGGCCUCACUUAUCUUUCAGGGUGCAGUCCCCAGGCCUUCCGCCUCACAUUUUCAGCAUUGUCAGAGCUCCCCAGACGGCCUGAUCUUUCAUCACUGCACCAGGCUGACAUUUCUCCAAAUAUCAAUGAUAGUUUUUAUGUGUGGCAAUAAUUUAUCAGGCACAGAUAUACACCACAGCUUUUUUUUUACCUUGUGCUAACUGGAAGACAACAGCAAAAAGUUUCAGAACUCAAAAAAAGAAAAGUUGGAACGCCUUUUCUUCUUUUUCUUGUGGAGCAUAAAUGAUUCAGCCGUGUGCUGGAGAAAAAGAUGCGCUGCGUGGUCACAUCUCAACCCUUUUAUUACACAGAGCAAAGCCUAAAUGCAGCGUGUGGCUUUAACAGUUUAACCUCUAAGCCUUCAUUUAGAGGGAGCUUUUCUUCAUCUUCUACAACUUUCACAUUAACUUUGUACUGAGGUGCUAACAAUCUACAAAGCUGUAGCUCAGUGCUACUGUCCAAUUACAGCGCUUUAAUUGAGCUGACCUUUCGGAGUUUCUUGUCGAAGCCCAAGUAUUGAAAUAAACCUGUGGGGUAAGGAUUCUCCUCCUCCCCCUCCUCAGUCAUCAGGGGACCGAACUCUGUCGUCACUGUAAUUGUAAAUUCUUUGAGCAGUAAGCUGCAAUUAGUGUGGAGGAGGAGGCCUCGGUAUGCGUAUUGAUUUCUUGCUGGCUUGGUGAAAAUGCCAGAGGAACACUGAGGACAUGAAAACAUGGAUCAAGACUGACUGAUCCUGUAACGUGUCUGAUUUGAGUGCUGCAUUGUUGGAAGGAUAUUCAUGGUGGUAGGGGUAUUCACUGGAGUUAGCCAAAGGCAACAUAUGAAAAAUUGACUUUUUGAUUACUACAUUUGAAUUCAUUGCUUCAAAUAAGUAAAUUGUGGGUGGGGGAUGGAUGGGAGGUGAAUCAAGGGGAGCAGGAUAUUACAUCAAAGGCCACAGCUAUACAGAAGCUGUGGAAGGAGAAGUGUACGGUAGGGGUGGGAAUCACUAGUGGCCCCACGAUACGAUAUUAUCACGCUACUUGGGCAAUGAUACAAUAUUAUUGUGAUUUUAAACAUUUUUUCAUCUGUUUAGGUAAUUUAGCACAUGUCUUUCCUUUAUGUUUGUAUGUAUGUUAACCUUAUGUGUCAGGUCCAUCUCAUUUUUGCCCUGCUUGCAUUCCUAAUGUCUGUCCCCAGGUGGUGCUAUAUUUGUUGAACUAACUUUCUCCUGCUCUGUGUUGUCACCUCUGCCAACUUCUCUGGACAAACAGUUGAUUUUAUUUUUCCAUUAUCAUAGAUUUGACUUCAUAUUAGCAAUUAAUUUGAAAAAUCAAGACUUGGUAAACGAGACGAUAUGUAAUAUCACCAGACAAAAUAUCGUGAUACUAUGCGAAAUCGAUUUUUUUUUUCUCCCACCCCUAUUGUACGGUUUGCAGGAUGGUGCCAUUUUACUGUUUACAUGAAUUCUAUAUUAAGUGGAAAGAUGUGCAAACACUUUUGCUUGUCUGGUCUUGAAAAGGAACCUACUACUUCUUCACAGCCUGUUAUGCAUCCCGCUUCCUGGUUUACAGCAGUUGCAUAAUAAAAACAAUACGCCUGUCUACUUGUACAUGGUGAAUUUCCUCCAAUAUUUCUAGCUGCACACUCUCAUCAGCUCUUCCUGACUUCUUACAGGAAUUUUAUCAGAGAUUUUGGCUGUAAAAAUUCCAUGUAAAUCAAGAGUCAACUUUUUUUACUCACACAUGCAGACUUCCCAAGAAAUUUUGGGAAGUUUUAGGAAUCAGAUGGACAUCAAAAUAUUGCAUGUAUUGGAUGGCUGGAGUAGGUUGUAAAUGAUGACUCUUGCAUGCUGAUAUUGCAUGUUGGGAUAAUGAUGCAACUGUUACUCCUUGUAUGCAAUCUAUAAUGCACAGAGAUGAAGUGGGAAUGCAUAAAGAUUUUCCACCUCUGAUCCUCCCUCAGCGGCAGUAACAGAGGGAAGUAAUGGGAGGGGGAAGCGGAGUUGAUGUGUAGCAUUGGGGCCAGCAAGGCAGAACAGCGCAGCUUGUUUUUGCAUACCUUUGAGUAUGCGUGCUUACGGAGCUCCCACUGUGCGUCUGCAUGGCGUACCUCUUGUGCUUCUGCAACAUAGAAUUGCAACAUGUAUUUAUACUCUGGAGGACCAAUUCUACACCAACACUGUCAAACAUCACUUGUGGAGUUCAGCAUAUGGGCACACAAGCGUAGUGGAAAAAAACAUAAAUUCACCAUGGAUCUAAUGCUGAAUUGCAAACUAUAAAAGGUUUAAAAAUCAAACAAAUAAACUCAAAGCACAAUCCAGAGCCUCUUAUUAGUCCUAACUGGCUCAUGUGUGUGACCACAGACAAGUCUGAUUUGUGAGAAGUUUGAUCUCCAACAGACUGUUUUCUACCUUCUCUGUCCUCACGAGCAUCCGACUGAUCUCCUUGAUGGCAGAAAAGUGGGUUUGACACAAAUUACAACUUGUCAUCUAUUUAGGGAAAGAUGUUCUGAACUGAAUUCUCUUGAGUUUACGGAGUGUCUCAUGAAUGAAUGAGAAAACACGGGAUAACUCUUGUACUAUGGACUCCAGUGGAGCUACACAUUGCAAGUUGGCAUGUAGCUAUUUUGCAUUGUUUUUAACUCUUUUGUUCCCACACGUCUUUUACUAGCAAUCUUUUCAGACGCCAUGUAAACUAUGGAGUCUCGCCAAAGCUGAUAUUUGGUCUUAUUUAGUAUUUCUGAUUUUGAUUGUGUGUGUGUGUGUGUGACAAAGAAGGGUUGAAGCAGAAUGAAAGCAAAUAUCUUUUUUCUGUCAAUCCCAAUAACUUUCUCAAAGUCGAGCUGACACUAAAUAGCCUCUCAAGCCUAGAAAACUCAGUUUUCACCUCCAAACAUUUGUAAAAUCUGCAUGCUCUUGUUGAAUAGAAUGCUCACACUGUGUUUUUCUUGGUGCACUGUCAGUUUAAAUGCUCAGAAAUAAAAACAUAAUGACUAAAACCAUCAUAACCUGAUUCCUCACCCCCCUUUGAUGUAUUAGCAAAUGUUGAGUCAAUACUUUAAAGUCUGUCAUAUCAUAUUUAAUAGUGAGCCAUUAGUCAACAUCACUUGGAGUUAUAUUGUGUAAAUGUCUUCACUCGCCUUUCUGUUUAAUUCAGCCUCUUAGUCUGAAAGUCUCUCCAAUAACUGUUAAUUAGUGAAGCUCCAAUUGUAUCUCGUGUUUGUGUCAUGCAGGCAAGUUGUGACCAUGCGCUGCCUGGCUGCUCGGGUGAACUACAAGACCCUCAUUGUCAUCUGCGCCCUCUUCACACUCAUCACUGUUCUGCUAUGGAACCGCUGCUCCAGCAACACCACCUUGCGCUUCCUGCCCCGAGCUGCCUUGGUGGCCCCGAGUCCCAAGGUUGGUGAUGCCAGCAUCAGCAGCCAGCAGCACCCCCCACAACCUCCUGAGCCCCCGCCUGUUGUCGGGGGUGUUGGCGGGAUCAAGUACGAAGAAAUCGACUGCUUGAUUAAUGAUGAAUCUACUAUCAAAGGCCGGAGAGAGGGGGGAGACGUCUACCUGCCCUUCAGCUGGGUGGAGAAAUACUUCGAGGUUUAUGGCAAAGUGGUGCAGUAUGACGGCUACGAUCGGUUUGAGUUCCAGCACAGCUACUCGAAGGUUUACACCCAGCGAGAGCCCUACCACCCUGACGGAGUCUUCAUGUCAUUCGAAGGUUACAACGUGGAGGUCCGGGAUCGUGUCAAGUGUAUAAGUGGAGUAGAAGGUAAGACUUUUCAAUUAAAGUUCACGUGCAGCUCGAGGAACACAAAUUCAAAGUAAACAUAUGAUUAUCAGAAUUUUUAAGAGUAUUCUACUUCCUCUGUUGGUUCCCUGGAGACUAUUGUGUGAGAGGUAAGUGGUUUUGACUGUUGGCUUUUAAACAAUUUUUUUCAUCUGUGUGGAGCCAAGAUCAGCAGUUUUAUCCCAGAGGAGAAAAAUAUGCUGACAGAGCCAAAAGACGGUGUUAUGAUGCAAAAUAUAUCAUUUUGAUUUAUUUUGGAGAUCUGACAGAGUGUUGAAACGGUGACACUUUCCUGGUCAGAUUUUCACUACAGAUCGUCCUUGCAAUAGGUGGAUGCCUCUUGGGCUACAUACAAAAGAUAAACACUUAAAUAUCGAAUCAUAUCGUAACAGAUGGAACACGGGUCAAACAAGAAAUUUAAAUAUAUGUUAAAUAGCUGUCGACUGUUUUUCCAGGUUUCCAGUCUCUAUUUUUAGAUGAGACAAACAGCUGCUGACCACGUAGAAAAUCAUGCAGUGAUGGCAGUGAUAAAACACUCUCUCCCAUAAAUGAGAAUCUUUGCUCAAAAUGUCGAAAUAUUCCUCUAAUAUAGUAAGACACCUCAAGCCUCUGUCUAGAAAUCCUUAUAAGCUGUUGCAAUUGACUGUAUAAGAGCAUGGACAGCAUGACUGCCAAAACGUUCAGAGCACCCCCUCCCCAGUUGAUUGACAGCAGCGUAAAUCUGAAGACCCGCCUCCUACAACUUAACAGAUGGAACAAGGGUCGAACUUGAAAAUUAAAACGCUGCAGGGGAAGUUAUGAUUAGUUCCUCCAUGAAUUGCAAAGAGCAAAUAUAGAUGCUCUUAAUCAGCCCAUGAAUGGCAAAUGUGUACAGUCUUAAUAUCAGUUAUUAGCCUUUAUUACAUUUACCACGUACCAUUGGAUAUGUGUGCUUUACUUAAUGAGGUGUUAUUCUGCUAAGCCAUGGAGAUAAAUUCUCUGUUUGAUCAGUGAGAAAGUAAAUGAGGACUUGAUUAACAGGAAGGAUCUGAUUUCAAAAGCACCUACUCAAUCUGUGCCACCCAUUCCCAGACUCUGUUAGUCUUUCUUAAACACCAACACUAUCAAACUUCAUUUGUGUCGAGUCAAUUAAAACUCAAUCUCUUCUUCAUUCAGACACUGUCAGCGUUUCUUUGUAGAGCUUCCUGGAUGUCUGUAAAGUGACUUCACCCCCUCCUUCUUCCUUCACACUUUGUCCCCGUCUUCAAAGUUGUUUUCUUUUUAAGGUUCCCUUUAAAGUAAUUACCAUGGAGGAUCAAUAGCUCAUUUUAAAAAGCUAUUAGUUCAAACCACAUUGUCAUCAAUAACCGUCAGCACCCUGCUCACUUGAAGAAGUGGCUUUGUGCGUUUGCCUCAAAUUCCAAAAUAGAUAUUUAUUGUCUCCUCCUGUAAUGUCAAAAUGCAAGAGCCGGCAGUGAAACAAAAGAGACACUAAUACAGCGAGAACUGGAAGUAUCGAGGGUCAAAUUUUACUCUUAUUUAUCCAAAUAUAGCUUUUUUUUCAUGAACGAAAACAACAGAGGAAGAGCGAUUUGUGUAGACAUCUCUGCCAUAGCUGUGUGCUUUUGCCCUUUGAGAAGUGAGCUUUUGUUUUUAGUGGGGAGAUGUAAUAACAGAUGAUAUAUUUACUGGCAGAGCAUCAGUCGCUGAGCUUAGCUUGAUGAGUAAUGAUAGCCAGUGUCUGAGAGAGCAAUUUACCAACAGUAAAUUGGUAUUUUUACUGUGAUAGAUCGUGCAGGUUCACAUAUAGGCAUUUGUUCUUCCACGCGCUGAUACCAUUGUGUUUUUCUGAUCAUCUCACUUACAGAGCAGCACACACUCAUUUUUUUUAUGUUUAAAUCUGCAAGGAAGCUGUUAUACAUAUCGGUGCAGAAAAAUAAAUCAUUUCUUUAAGCAGACUAGCUCCACAGCUUGGUAUAUUUUCAGCUAUAAUUUAAUCAUUUCACAUUUUAGGUUCUCAUAACUUUCUGCAGCCCUGUUUUAAGAGAUAAAGCAUUCUUCCUUUACCAUAAUUUUGCCCCACUUCUCCACACACGUGGAAAGAAAUAUGUUUAAGGAAAAAUGGGUCAGACAGGAAUCUAGCCAAGUCUGUUAGUACCUCUGGGCUGAGCAGCAGGGAGCCGAGUUAUUCUCACUCUCUGGUUUCCUACACACUGUUUCUCUUCAGUACAAAAUGGAGGAAACACAUCUCCACCACCGUACCCACAGACUCAUGCACACACAGUUUACUGUCCAUUAAUUAAACCCAAGGCUCCUUGCUACUUAGCACUCCACACGCACAAGCACACACCUCUCUUCAACUUAGCAUAUUUUUAUAGGUGAAAAUAGCAGUUCAUUAAUUAGCCUGUCACAGUCCUUGAAACCACGGGGCUUACACAAGGUCAUGGGAGCAUUUCUCUCUCAAUACACCCUGUUCUGGUGAAAAGCCCUUUAAUAGGACCCUCAGCUAUAUUCAUUAAAUGUUGGUUGGUUCCUUUAUAUCAUCGAGCUGCUUGUGUAUUCAUGUGGGAUAUAACUGGAGUCGACUGACAAGCCCACUUGGUGUCUGAAGCUCGAGUGUAAUACUCUGAUAUUAGUGUGAUAUCGUUUAAAAGCAUUUCUGAUCAUAAAGGUUUAAAUUAACAACCAGUUAUACACCACACAUUUAUGCUUAUAAUAUUUUAUCAUAAGACAAAAUCAGACAAGGACUUUGAUGUGCUGUUACUGGCUUGUUUUCCUCCUUAGUCAGAUCACCUGUGUUCUUCCUAUCCCUCUGUUGAAGACCACUAACAAAUACCCUCGAUCCUAAAGCAUUUGUUCUUUAAUUUAUAAGUGCAUGACAUAACACUUAUCAGAUUAGGGUUUGUGCCAAGAAGGUUAAAUAAAAAAGGAUCUGGUAAAAUUACAAAAUUCUGAAAUACAAUGAUUAUUAAAAUAUAGGAAAUUAUGUUGUAUUUGUUUUUAAGUAUGAUUGAAGACCUGAACAGUCUGUGUAUUUUGGCUGCAAUAGAUUGUCUUUGAGUUCAAUUUAGGACACUGUUGCAAAGCAUCGUGGUUAGAGCAAGGCUGUGACUCUGAAUCACAAAUUGGUUCAAAUAAGCAGCAUUCUGUUUUUAGUUACAGUAAGCUACACCACAUUAAAAAAAAAAAGAUUUUGUUACUAUUUUCAUCAGUGCUUUAUUAGUUUAUUUGACACCAAUUAUUAUUACAAUUAUACUAUCAAAUUAAUUGGCCCACCAAUAAUGGGGUCAUUCUUCAUGAACGACUAUGUUACACUGCACUGAUUGGUCUCUGUGAAACCUCGAAGCGUAUUUUACACUGAGAUUCCAGUGCUGUUAGGAAGCUGUGCCACUGAACCCACAACAGCAUGGUAUUGCUUUAGCAGGGUAUUAGGAGGUUCAUGUCCACAUAUGCACUCAGAUACAUGUGCGCACACACACACACACACAUAGACACACAGGCUGUUAACGUUGAUACUGUUUCCUCCUGUCACACCUCUGUUACCACCUCCAGUGCUGGCUGAUGAGUGCUGGAAUGAUUUUGCCCCAUUAUUAAACCACCAUGUGUUUUACAGGUGGAGGCGUCAAAUCUGCACAACAGGCAAAUCCAUUUAAAUUGGGCUUUUGCAGCGAAUGUGGUACAACCAGUUAAACAAAUGUGUUUUUCCCCUGAAAGCACCCAUAUGUGCUGCCACUGUUAAAGCCUCAUUCAGCUGUGACUGUCAUUAAGAGGCAGAACGGCUGAUAGUGUUUGAAAAUUUCAAGAUAUUUUAGUUAAAUAUGCUUGCAAACAUUUACUCAGUCCAUCUCAUACAUCUAACAGACAAUUACAUGAAAAUCAAGUUUCUGACCCCUACCCUUCAUUAGUUUUUUGCCAUAUGUUGGUCCUCUCAAACUACAGAGGAAAAAAAGAUAAGAUAAGAACUUUAUUGAUCCCCGAGGGAAAAUUUAAAAUGAUGUUUGAUGUUUGUUGCAGCACGCUAAGCUUUGUCCAUAAGUUUACUCUGGCUCUCCACAGUUGGAUUGUUAGAUGUUGUUGGUGCAGAAAACUUUUCUAAACGAGGCUAAACGCUGCCAAGAACUUCUCAAUUGGGUCUUUAUUCUCUGUGGGUCUGGCAGAUCAGUCAGCCCUUUCACACAACACUUUACAGCCUUUUGGUUCAAUGUUGAUAUCAAACAUGGCUUGUAGGAGCUUAAAUGUUUGCUCCCAUUCAUCCCAACGUCCCCGCUAACAAAGGAUUAAAACGCAGCUGGUGAUAUUAGAAAACAUAAAGAUGGUGGAGGUCUCGUUCUGCUGCAUUAACUUCAGCAAGCUUGCAGACGACUAUAAUUGGCAGAAGACUUGGUUCUCCAGAUUUCUAGAAAAGUCAGCUCUCUGGAGUCACGAAAAUAUGAGAAGGCUUAACAGUCAAUUCCACAUGGAUUACUUAGUGUUUUCAGCGAGGAGCACAGCGCUACAGUGUUAGGAUUUUGACAGUCAUUUGACUUAAGUUGUCAAGGGAGAUGCCAGUAACAAGACAAGCAUGAAGCAAAGUCUGGCUAGGGACUGGAGAGUGUGUGUAUUAGUGUAUGGGUAUAUGUGAGUGUAUGUGUGUUCAUGUCUCUAUUUUUGGGGCUUUUUUGUGAGCCCAUAAAUCAAAAACCUACAUUGGUUCUCAAUCAGGACUUUUUUUUUUCUUUUUCUUUUUUCAGUAACAUUGAUUCAAUCUCUGUGAUGGUGCCUUUAAAAAUAAACCUGAAAAUGGAUCAUGAAUGCACACCUUGUUAGCAAAGGGGAUGAAACUGAGGAAAAUACAUUCUGAUGGAUCACUUUGAGAUUUUUGGUCUAAACCUCAGCUCUGCUUAACGCAGAAUAUCAGUCAGUAUGACUUUGAAAAAGAAAACAGUCAGCACAUAAAUAUGUGUGUUAUACAUAUGAGAUCUCUGACUUUCGUUCUUUUAUUUGAAAUAUUAUUGCAUCCAGAUCUUUUACAUCUAUCAAAAUAGCACAACUAUUGCUGGACAGUUGUGCAAGAAAAGGGCGGUUUAGUUAAAACCAGUUAUUUUAUAAACAAGAGUAUAAGAGAAAGGUAUCAUUUCAUGUCCUGAAAUGCUUCAAAGGCCCGUGCAUAUAUGAUAAAAAACACCGAACCCUAAAAAAAUUCUAACAAAAGGUUUCUCAACUGUUAAAAAAAAAUAAAACAAGAAUUUUGAAAGGGGCUUUAUCCCUUGUUCAGUUUUCGGUACAGUAAAUGCAUUCAAAUUAGUGCAUAUUUAAUUAGAUAGUGCCUCAUUUACACAUUCAUAACAUUUGACAAAACUUGUAAUACAAAAAAGUAUUUGUCUUAAUCUAAGUUAUAAACUUGGGAAGUUUCUUGGUGAUUUCUGUUAGUUCAACAUUUUACCCCAUUCACCUGGAGUGUCGCCCCGGGCUUCCUAGUCAUCAUGGACGCCAUCUUGAAAAUGACACAUUUCUAGUGGUCAAACUUUUAUAAACUUUUAGUAUGUUAUUAAGGACAACUAAUACUAUAAAAAAACAGCUGAGGAACUUUAUUAGAAUUUUGGGGUCAAGUCAUAUUUGUACCUGACUAUCAAAAGUAAGGGAGUAAUUUGAAAAGUAAGUAGGAAGUUUAAUGGGCUCCUUCACUGAAUAUAUAAUAUGGAAAUAUAAGAACUGAAAGAUGCAUUUCAUAUUUUUUAACCUGCAAGCUUUUGAGUCCGUAUGUGUUUGUGUUUGUCUCACAAUCAAGAGGUAUUCAAAUGUUUGUUGGCAUUAAUUAUCAAACAUUACCAUUUUAAUUAUUGCUCAUGCUGCCUCUUAUUUUCUUUUUUUUUUUAGUAAAGCGCUUUGAGCUUCACCUCAAGCCACGUGUAUGAAAGGUGCAACGUAAAUAAAGUUAAAGAUAAUAAUUACCGCCAUUAACGUCUGACACAGUAAAAACAGUUUGAUGCUCUCUGGUUUACGUUUCAAGGUUAAACAUCAGAAGACAUAAAAAGUGGGGGGCUAUUGUGUAAGGUUACCUCUGGUUAGGAUUCCAGCACAACUGGGGAUAAGGAAAGUAGAGCCUGAGUGAUCAGCUGUGCGUGCAGAGGUGAUUAGUCUUAGAGAAGGAGGAACAUUAUCACCCGGCCAGGAUCCGAGUAUGCUGUGUUAUUCUUCUCUUUAGAGUGAUGGGGUUUGGGUUGCAUUUGUGCUCUCUCUGUCACAAGGUCUUUAUGUGAACUAUCUGUUAAUCAGAGUGAUUUUUCUGCCUGAGCUAUUUCUGGCUGCCCGGGCAGAGAAGCUCGCCUCUGGUGAAAUUCAGUAUCUCAGGUUGAAUUUCGCCGCACCGACCAAUCAUUUGCCGAAGCUACUAGUGGUAGAGUUUAUUUUCGAACUAUUUUCUGUGGCGACUGCUUUCUUAUGGAUGUGUGUUUUCAUAAAUUUUCGAGUUCAAAGCUUCUUUACUGUCAAAGUCGGCCUUGUUUAGUCACUGGAAGGCUUUAAUACUUGAAUGUUUAAUAUCAAUAAUUAAUUUUGUACUAGUUUUAUUUAUAAGGCUGGGGUUAUGAACUUUGAGUGACACUGCUGGAGUAAAAAAACAAAUGUGAAAAGUGUCAGAAAGUGAAGAUUUGCCGAGAGGGAAAAAAAACAAACUCCAGAUAAACAAGAAGAAGAUCCAAGUUCCAGAUUUAUUAGCACUUCAAAACAUCCUAAAAGUAACAACCUCAAACAAAGGCAUAACAAUGCACUGUCUCCUGUGUCUUGCACAUAAGUAAAUCAUCUUCUAUUUUCAUUUAACAUCAUUGUCCUUGUCUCUCUUUUCUCCCUCCUCCUUUUUCCCCCACUCAGGCGUACCUCUGUCCACUCAGUGGGGCCCUCAAGGCUACUUCUACGCCAUCCAGAUCGCUCAGUACGGCUUGAGCCACUACAGCAAGAACUUGACCGAGCGCCCUCCCCACGUGGAGGUCUACGACACCGCAGAGGAGAGAGACAGCCGGGCCAGCUCGGCGCCCUGGAGUGUGCCGAAAGGCUGCGGUCUGAGCCGCCUCCAUGACAAGAGCCGGGCUACCUCUGUGCGUCAGUUCAGUGCCCCAGGUAUGUUAGCCCUCCAUGAGCGCAGACAGCCUCAGGGCAAGGAGCUUAUCUCCUGUUAACUCUGGCUGUAGGAGGCUCGAUAUGCAACUUCGCCCUCAGGACAGGAUGAUAGUCUGCGGUGAGUCACAGCCAGAGAGAGAGAGAGAGAGGGAGAGAGACAACUGGCAGAGUGAGCCGGUUGGCAGUGAACCCAAAAACAUAAUAACAGAUUCCUUAAAAUUAUGAUGAUUUAAAAAGCAGCAGACACAAUAUCACACAUUUCAUCCUCUUCACUGAGUCAGACUCUGUCACAUACAUGCUGCAUUGUGUGAAAAAGCUGCAAACAGGAGUACUUGAACACUACAUUUUCUCUGCGGACCGCUUCUGUUUAUCCAGAGCAUGAAUAUCAGUGGUUAAAAUGAUAAUGUUCAUCUCCAAAUUUGAUUAGCCGUAGACUAUUGACCUCCAUAUUGUUUGUCUGGCGAAGGACAAAAUGAUGCUUUGGGCUGUUGUCUGAUUAGGUUACUCUUUAAAAAUUACUCCACACACCAUUUGGGCUUUAAUUAAAGGCUCCUAACUACUGCAUUUAAAUUGUUCAGAGGUUUAAAGUGAGUCCAGGGUCUUUGUGAAAACUUUUUCAAGCAUAGAAACAAGUUUAUGACUCAAGUAAAAAAAAAAAAACCCAAAAAACAGGGACACGUACAACUGAAGUUAGAUAAAACAGCUGCAGUUUCGUUUCACUUUUGUUCACCUUGCUGCUGGGUCAUCCAGAGUGCAUUCAGCCGUGAGCAUAAACUGUACGAAACAACUCAAACAAAAGAGCGUAACUGCAGACAAUUAAACUCAAAGGUGGUGAAGUGGUUAGCACGAUUGUUCUCACGACAAAGGGCUUCCUGGUUUGAUCCCCAGCCUCUCAGAAGCUUUUCCGUGUUGCAUUCCCAUGUUCUCCCAGUGCAUGCGUAGGUGCUCCCAGUGUACUCCGGCUUCCUCCCACAGUGCAAAACCGUGCUUCUUUGGCUUACUGGAGGUGUGCGCGUGCAUGAAUAUUGGUUAUGUUCGUAAGCUCAGUAAUUAACUGGCAGCAUGUCCAGGGUGUACCUCACCUCUCAACCAAUGACAGUCCUGCCUGUGACCCUGAAGAGGACAAGCAGCGUGGAUCAUAGAUAAGUGGAUGUAGAGUGCAGUGUGAAAUCACGAUUUUACAUCAUUUUAGAUCACUUAAGUGCAUGAAACAAUUAUUUAGGACUUUUUUAAAAACUGUUUUCACCUGCUGAAGGAUACACAUCUUGUGUUAUGAUUACUUUUUAAACACCUUUAACUGCCUGACUGGCUGAAAGAAAACAUCUGCAUGAUACUGAGCUUCCUGAUGAGUGCUGCCUGGUACAGAUAUCCGCCACCCUCCCCUCAUGUGUUUGUGAUUGUUGAAAAACAAUUGUGCUGUGUUGUCGUCUUCAGUCAGAUAUCUUAAGCUUUGGCGUCAUCAGAAGUGAUGUGUCUGUGAUUUUAUCUCUUCUACCAGAUGUUUUGCAUUAAAUGAACCUUCUAACUCUGUUAAUCUUCCCAUUUUCAGUUGAAAGGGAAAAUCUAAGCAGUGUUAUGGCAGAGUUUGUUAACUGACAUUAAACUCUCUGAUGAGUCACACAGAAAGUUUGCAUCCCAGAAAUGUCACUACAUUCUUGUGUUGUUGCUCUUCCUUCAGAGAUUUAAAGAUACUUAAACUUUUUAGUAAGAACUUUUGUAAACUUGUCGAAAUACAUCAACCUUUGCCAUGCUAAAUGUUUAAUCCUCCAUCAGAGCGUAGAACGCCUUCAGAAAAUCAACAUUUUUGCUUUUUUUUUAUGGAUAGACUGAAGCGUUUCAAACUUCAAGGAUUCGUCUGUCUUUGUAUUCAUGGCUGGUAGGAUUCUUGGGGAAAUCUACUCCAGCCUCCCUCAGACUCUGCAUUCUCAGUUCAUUGUGUACAGCUCUUAUUCAUGCAUCUAAAAAUUGAUCUAUAAAGAGUGGAAUUUUGAAAAAGAAAAAACCAUCUCCCUCUUCACACCUAUCAUCCUUUUCAUUAUGCAGCAAACUGAACUGUUUUCAGAGCCGCAGUGUUUGGUUUGGAGUGAUACAAUUUGAAAGAAUGCAAUUAAAAUUUCAUGUGGUGAUCGCUGGUUUCGCUCGCUCUAAUGACGACUGUCUUUUGCAAAUGUACUCAGCUUUUGUCCAUUAAUGUUCAUUCUGGGAGAUGGCAAAACAAGGAAGAUGAAAUAACAGCUGCUGCAUGGUUAAUAUGCUCACUCUCUGUAUGCUGGUGUUUAUGGAUUUACACCGAGCCAGAGAGCAUGUUGUUGAAGAGAAAACACCACGGUUUCAAAAGUCAAAGAAACAAGUCUGUAAUAUUGCUGAUCGUAAAAGAAAAACAGAAUGGCAGGUAUUUUAUUUGUGAUUUUGGUGAUCUUAGAAUGAAGCUCAUCAGUUGAAGCUUAAAAGAGAGCUUGGGUUUUAUAAAUCCCAGUUUGACUUCAGACUAACACGGUCCUCCAAAGAUCUUACAAAAAACUUUUCACACCUUCGUCUAGCAUUUCAUGUAAUUAUCAUUCAUAGCCUCAUGUCUCAAAAACAACUAAAUUACUUUCCAAUUUUUUCAGAAUAUGGUAAUAAGUAGACCAGUUUUUACAGCAAUAAAACAAUUGAUUUAAUCUUAGUUUUUUAAUUCCAAUUUCUGCCGAUUUCUCCAUUAAAUCUGUCCAUCCUCAUUGCUAUCUUUCCGAACUGGACUCCUCAGGACCAAGCUAUAGACUGCUGCACAACCUUCAGCUGUAUUAGUAAUCCUUGUGUGUUACUAAUAAAACACCUGGGGAGGCUGUAGACCUCAAAUUUAAUGUCAUUUUCCAUCACCUACUUUCUCACUUGAUCCACUGUCCUGUCCCUUCGAUAGAGACAUGAAAAAAUAAUCCUAACAAAUCCUUUUAUGUUACUUUAUUUCCAACUUUUGUUUUUUAAUAUUGGUUUUACAUGAAGGUGGGCCGAGUGAGGACACUGACAAUUUAAUGGAGACUGUACACAAGGUAAACAAAGUCAUAUAGAUGUGGAGAAUUAAGUAUCUCAGACUCUAUAUGUUUGCAGUAAUUCUAGUAUUGAUCUGCCUCCUUUUGGGUUGAAGAGCAAAUAUCAUUUUCUCCAUUUCAUUACUUAAGUUAAUUAUGACCACAAGGGGCUGAGUGAGGGAAGUUUCUUCUGAUGCCAGCAUCUUAUAACUGCUUUUUUUUACUUGCAUCCAUGACAAGAUUCAAAAUGUAGUUGUCCCUUUUACUUAAGAUACUCUGAUGUGACUUAAUUUAAUGAGUUAUUGCUGGUUCAUUAGUUGUUAUAAAGGAUCAACCUGUGCUACCAGAGUAUCUCCCCUACCUCCCUCAGGAUGUUCAUCUGCACGGGCAACACCAGAUUCAAGCUCAUCAUCUGCAUAAAGAGAACUUUCUUUGCAUGUUGCAUCCAACGUUUUCCCAUGAAGAUAAAUUUUCCUUUACAUUAUUUACAUAUCUGCAGACCGCAACUAAAAAAAGAAACCAGCAUGUUAUUAAUCAUUUGGUGUAGAACCAAAGUUGGUGAUAAUGCGUGUGAUAUUGUCUUAAUAACCGUGUAGAGCAGAAACACCAGCCCAUGGCUAAAGCUGCUCCAACUAUAUAAAUAAUGUUGGUCAGGAAAAGUGUAAUUAGAUACUUUCCUUAUCUUGUACCACCUCAGGGUGAUGAGCAGAUUGUGUUCUGUAGUGUUGUUAGAUAGUGAAACACAAGAACAGCAGCCGUUGUGCUCAGCGGUGAAUAGAGGACGUAUGUAAAGUAUAAAUAAAAUCUCUCCUCAUUAGAAUAGAAAUCUGAAUUCUGGCCUAGUUUUUGCAGCUGUAAAAUGACCAAGGCUGAGAGCUGCUUGGUGCUUGAGUUAUUUUUGGACCAGGAGAAGUCAAAAUCUUUUACCCGGUGCUGACUGCGAGCUGUCUUUUCUUCUCUUUUGAUCUCCUGCUGAUAUUUCCAGGACACUCUCCCUCUGAGUGUCUGUGUGUCCUCUGUGAGCUGCUGCCUCGACUGUAAUUUUCACCUCCUUCUAAUUCCUCCACUUUCAACCUCUCAUCAUCAACAAUUUCUUUUCAUUCCACCACCCUCCACUUUUCCCCCCUCUCCCUCUCCCUCUCCCUCUCUCGCUCUACUCCCCGCACACCUCAGCUUACAGCUUCAGCUCACCAUCAUAGCUCUCUCUUUCCUCCACAUCAUCAUGUUUUCAUCAUCAGUCCUCAGCCCUCCCUCAGCACUUCUCUCCCUCCAUUAAUCUUCCUCUUUCUAUCCCCAGUUCCAGUCAGUUUCCACCUCUAUUUACUCAUUUCCACCUUUGUAUCACCCCUCAGCCUUUUUGUGCUUCCUAAAUGUUGCAAUCAUAUUCCCUCUAUCCGUUUUACCGCGGUUGCUGCUCGUUCAUCCAAACUUUCUUGUCUCUGCUGUCAGCUUCUCUUUUUGUCUUUGCCUCCCUACUCUUCCUCCCCUCGCUCUGUUUGGGUCUUUUUUUUCCUCCUUACUGUAUCUAGGGCAGCGGUGUUGAACAGCCUCUCAAAUCCUCUGACAAGUGGAUCAAUCGUCUGUCCCGUGAUAAUAACCUACCAUCUACCAUCUGCACAAUCCUGCACGGAAACUGUCCACCACUGAGUGCCUUUAUUGUCUGAAUUUCUCUGUGUUCCUUGAUAGCUCAGAAAUGCCGUUUGCUCAAACCAAACCCUGCCAGAAACUGAGAAGUGAUCUGAGUACAGAGUUACAGCUGUCAGCAACUUCUGCUCUUUGAAAAAGUGUUUUAAAACUUGGGGAAAUUUUGUGUUUUAUUCUCUGAGUGCUGACUCAAAAGUGGUGUGAAAGUGGUCUUUUUUUUGACAUCUGAGAACAGAAAAAAAAAACACUUUCAGGUCAUAAAUUUUAAGAAUUCAGUUCUUCUAGCUUCAGUGACACCUGAGAUUGCAUCAACUGUGGUUUAAUAUUUCACCACUUUUACACCUACUCCUUUUAUUUAUUUAUUUUUUUAUGAUUUAACUUUUACUGAGUUUUUUUUAAUUUUUUUUAUGAAAGACCAAGCUAAAAAAAAAAAAACUAAAAAAAUAGAAAAGGCAAAAUCUAGAUACAGUCAUAUGACAAUAAGACAUGGAGGUAAAAACAAUGAGUAAAAAUAAGUACUCAAGUCCAAGACAGGUAUAAUUAGUCCAUAUUCAAUAUGUUAAACCACCAACUCCUUUUAGGAUCAGAGGAACAGCAGCUUGUGUAUCUUUUUUACAUCCUGACCAAACAAACAUACUUUAUUUUAAUAAAGAUGUCCGUCAGUUUUAAUUGAAAACGUGAUUCAAUUUCAGCCAAGGACGUUGAGGUUCUUUAACCUUCUGAGAUAGUGGAGGUGGGCUCCCUACAGCCUCAUUCAAACAGAUUAUUUUGGCUUCUGUUUCUAAUCUCUUUGCAAACUUGCUGUCAAAAUGAUCCAAAGUUCUUUCUGCAGAUGCAUUUUUGUCAUUCUCACGUUGCUGUUCACCACUGAGACAAAAACAUAUUUCCAGAGAUUCCUUCACAAUAAAAGCCUCCCCAUCUGCCUUUAAAGUAACACAGCUGAAGAGUGUGUUAUAUUUGCAGUAUCGUUAAUAAAAAGGUUUUAUGCACAUUUAAAAAAAAUGUAGAAUCUGUCUGUGUAGCAUUGACCAGACUUUGGUGUGUGCAGGAAAACCGUCUGUGAAGGCAGUUCACAAUCCACCAUGUCGACAUCUUGGCUCCUAUCUGUGAUAAUCUGAUGAUUUCUUUAUCUCCAUUAACACACACCGACAGGCAAAGGCGGCUAACAAUCCACGCUCAGAAAAUUUAAUCAAAAAUUCAAACUUGACUGACAGACCUGCCAGAUGCUGUGAUGUAAAAGCUAAUAAGCAGUUACAUUUCCCAACUCCCUGUUAUGAAUCAGAAAUGAUUGAUCAGACCUCCAUUUAACUAAUAACCUCUUUGAAAGUCUUUUCUUCUCUCUUACUGACAGAGUUUGCAUUUUUAAAAUUUCUGCAUUCGACCUGUAAAUUCUAGUGUUGAGGAAAUGUUUCUUUUCUGGGCUCAAACAGCUGAAAUAAGUCAGUGAGGCAUCAGUGGAACAUGCUGGCUACUGAGAACGCCUCAAAACAGAUAAACAGGCACUACUCAAGGGAUGUAAUUGGGUCAGAAAUGAAGGGAGUUAGUUUGUGGAUGUUAACACCCUAUUUAAAAGGAGGUCUUUGCUUGGAGUCAUUGAAUAUUGUCUUCACUAGAAUAACAGAUAAGUUGGCGACUGUUUCUAGAGUCACAACUCUACGUUCCAGGGAACUUCAUGGUUCCUUUGGCCUAUUGUCGUCUGUGUUUCUACCAGGGGUCUGAAGCCCUGGGUAAAAUAAUGCAAAUCAGGCCAAUGACAUCCAGGGAUGGUAGGGGGAAAUCAAGCUACUUGCACAGCUCCUAACUGGAGUCUCUGCUGUUUUAAGUCACGUUAGCUGCAGGCAAGCUUCAUUGAUUAUUAAAUAAUAUCAGUUUACUGGAAAAAUUUGCCCUUGUGGUACCCAUACCUGUUUAACUAUCAGUGUGUAAAUUGCAAGGGUACCAGCCUUUAUUUUAAAGAGGAUUGUUUCCUGAUUAGACUGACCUUUGAAACUCGCACCCAUAACACCCAAAAGCAUUCUCUGAGAUGGAAAAAAGUACAUAAACAGUCAGAAUUCAUGCAAAAAUCAUAGUUUUACUGAUCAGAUAAUAUGAGGUUAUGCGGAUAUAAUCCAGUAUCUCUCUUCAGGGCACAUAGAUACCAGUAUUUUUUAUGUGAAUUACAAUACUGUUAUUUAUUUUUUUUAAUUAUCUGUUUAUUGGCAUUUUUCAGUUUGAACAUAAACAAAUCACAUGUUGAAUAAAUGUACAGAAUAAAUCUCCCCAGACCCUCUCUCACCACCCCAUGUUCCCAGAUCCUCUGAAAGGAGAAUAAAGUGAGAAAGAAAAUAACAAUACCGUUAUUUUAAUGUAAAUGAAAUCCAUGGGUCAUUGGAAAGUACAAUAGAUCUUUUACCCCAUAACUAAAUUUGUACCCUAGUUCCUGGGGUCAAAACAUACAGAGUUCCUGAAAAGGUUCCUAGUUCCUGGGGAAAGUUCCUGCAGUCAAAUCGCUGCCCUUGACAGACAGUGAUAAGCAAAAGUUUCUAACAGGAUGGACAGUAAUGCGACACAGACAGCAGGAAACUGAAGCUGGAGAUCUCCGGUCCCUAAUAAAAGACUCUGGUCAGAGUUCAACCUAAUCCAACAUUCUUAGGGGUUUAAAGGGGAAACAUAUUCAGCUCUAGACUGAUUGUUCAAUCAGAAGACUGCUAAUCAGGGACUCUUUUGAUAACCCUGAACUAUUUUUGCAUCAUUUAAUCAAAAAUGCAAAGAAAUCAGUCAUUCAUCUGAAUUUAAUGUUUUAAUGUUAUUCCUCGCCCUCUGAGGUAGUGAAACUCAUCAUUGUAGGUCUGGUGUGUUAGUUGCAUGAAACAAGCAGGUUUAGUUUAGACAUACUCAACCUUGGGAAAUCAAAACUAUAUAUUAACCAGUUUUCCAACAUGUUAUUUUGGAAAAUAAUUGGUCAGUAAAUCAAGAAAAAAAUCUUUUUCUCCAGCCCUGAAUACAUCAAAGCUCCCCAGGGUGUUUGAUACUUGUUGGAUGCGCUGCAUGUCCUGUGUGAACACACUGUUGUAGCCACAGGAAGAUCUAUAGGAAUAAUUAUUCAAGCGCUGACAGUUGUUAUGUUGCUUCGAUCGUAUGCAAGACACGUUCUGUACAUGUGUUUCUAAGUGUUCCUUCAACGCUCUCAGUCAUAUAUACGAGCAUGCUCUCACGCCAUCAGCCUCCCAGCUGCAUGUCAUCUCUGACUCCUGCCGUAUUGCUAAACAGCCUGAGAGUGGAGCGGAGGAGGUGGAUUCUCGUCUAUAUUCCCUUCCCAUCCUUUAUUGAUGCCAGAGUAAUCACGGGGCCAGAGUACAAAUCCACUUACUCUCUGCAUUGCCUUAAGUAAUGGAUUUAUGAGUGCAUUAAAGAGCCGUAGUCAUCCAGAGGCCCCUGCCAGACUGGCUCUCUCUCCCUCGUCCUCCUGCUGAUCGACUGUCUUUGUGUCUCAUCCGCUUCUGCUUUCUCAGCUCAUGUCAUGCGAGAUCUCCCUCCCUCUCUCUCUCUCUCUCUCUCUCCGAUUCUCGAUUGUCUUCUCACUAUUGGCUCAUUUUCACCCUCUCCAGUCUCGGGCCAGCUUUAAGGGCACUUGUGUGACCCAUUAUUCCAUUACCCUUUGUUUUGUUGACUCCUACUCUCUCCUGUCUUCUUCCUUUGAGGCACCCUGAUGAGAAAAGGGGGUUUUCGUGUGGGUUAUUUUUUUUCUUUUGUGUGAGCUGUGCAGACACAGUAACAAGGCCAAAUGAGAGAGAUCACUCCAGAAGCUGUUGGUUCUGUAGGGGGAUGAAAUGAAUUCAGAAGAGCGAGUAAAGUGGCUGACUGGCAAAAAGUUGAUAAAAUGGGAGAGGAGUGGUGUCAGUGCGGGAACUGAAAAUCAUCUUGAGUUCAUAUCUUUGAGUUUUCGAGGGGGAAGGCGAUGUGGAGAUGCAAAUGGAAAAGUUGCUGCAGUGCAUCAACUUCCUCUCUGGCUCUCUUGUUCCAACUUUCUCUGCUUUGUUCUUUUUCUCCCGUCUGUCCGGCUCUCCUCCUAAUUAAGCCCAGUGUGCAGUGACACAUCUGUUCUGAAAGUCCCAUGAGAAGUGUGUCCCUGAGUGUGUUUCAGACUCACACACACACAAAGCCAGGCUUUCUUUCCACACAGACUAUAACAUUGCUAAAGAGAAGAAUAAGACUUGACUGCAGAUUUUUUUUCCCCUGAAUUUAUUUGACUCUUAUUGAUCAUUAGAGGAUGUAACUACAGAGGGAAUCGUAGGAACAAAAGGACGAGCUUUAAAGGAAGCACACCAUCACAGAGAGAGUGUUAAAGGAGACAGACACACUGUAAAAAGCUUCAGUCACUUUGCUUAAAAUAGUCCAUCGUUGUCCAGUAAUUGUCAGAAGAGUUUUAAAUCAGUCAGACAGUCAGAAGACCGUACUUAUUUUUUCUUGCUGACUUUGCUCCAUGAAAUGCUCUAAAAAAAACAUCCCCCAGCAAUUUGAAUUCUUCUGUUCAUACUUUCAUCUGCUGCACCCACCCUCCUCAUCCUCAUCCCACCACCUCCACAGAGUCGUCAGAAGGCGUGUCCCUCCAGCUGGGCAACUCCAAAGACUUCAUCCUCAGCUUGGACAUCAAGUUCAUCUCGAACGGCAGCGUGUCUGUGAUCCUGGAGACCACAGAGAAGGGGCCUCCCUUCACCAUCCACUACGUCACCAACACGCAGCUCAUCGCCUUCAAAGACCGUGACAUCACCUACGGGAUCGGGCCCCGGACUGCCUGGAGCACUCUGACCCGGGACCUGCUCACCGACCUCAGGAAGGGCGUGGGGCUGUCCAACACUAAGGCUGUGAAGGCCACCAAGGUGAGUUUAAGACGUUUGUUGCUAAAAUCAUCUUUCGAGAAGCUAAAAUCAUGUAAAUGACCUGGAGCUGAAACGAUUAAUUCAGUGAUCAAUAAACAGAUUUUUGAUGAGUGAAAAUACAGCAAUUUUGUUAACUGAUAUAUAAAUGUUUUCAUGUUUCAGCUGACAAACUGCAAAGUUUUCAGCUUUUUUGCAUCUUGUGUUAAAAAAAAUUUGGAUUCGGAAAAAAAAAAAAAAAGUUGAAUAUAUAAACUUCAGACUAAGAAAGAUCAAAAUGGAUAUUUUUAACAUUUUAAAAACUAAAUCAUUUAUUGUCAAAAAAUAAAAAUAUCCACCUGAUCUUUUAGGAAAGUAAUCAUUAGUUGGAGCCUCAAGCUUGGCCGUAAAUCAUUCAUCUUGAUUGAUUCCACAUCAGACAGCUGUACGUCAGUCAGUGUUUAAAAUCAGUUAUAAAAACGUGACGAUGUCAGCUUUUUUUUUUUUUUUUUCAAAAUGUGUAAAUAUAUCAUUUAUUUAUUAUAGAUAAAAGCUAAUGAGAAAUUGAACUCAGUAUGUAUUUGAUCUCUGGAAAGUAUCUUAAAGGUUUAUUCUUGCCGUCGAUUCUCUUGUCUUCCUUCGUCAGAUCAUGCCCAGACGGGUUGUGCGUUUAGUCCUACACGGGCGUGGCUUUGUUGACAACGUCACUAUCUCCACCACGUCACACAUGGCCGCCUUCUUUGCUGCCAGCGACUGGCUUCUGCGAAACCAGGACGAGCGAGGCGGCUGGCCCAUCAUGGUCACCCGUAAACUGGGUGAAGGCUUCAGGCCGCUGGAGCCCGGCUGGUACUCAGCCAUGGCUCAGGGCCAGGCCAUGUCCACUCUGGUGAGAGCGUACCUCCUCACCAAGGAUCAGGCGUACCUCAACGCUGCCCUCAAGGCAGUGGGACCCUACAAGGUGCCUUCGGCGCAGCACGGGGUCAAAGCUGUGUUCAUGAACAAGUAUGACUGGUAUGAAGAAUAUCCCACCACGCCCAGCUCCUUUGUCCUCAACGGCUUCAUCUACUCCCUGCUGGGACUCUUUGAUUUGAGUGAGACGGCAGGAGAGAAGCUGGGCAGGGAGGCGGGGCAGCUGUUCAGUCACGGCAUGGAGUCUCUGAAGGCCAUGCUGCCACUGUUUGACACAGGGUCGGGGAGCAUCUACGACCUGCGUCACUUCAUGUUGGGAACUGCGCCCAACCUGGCACGCUGGGACUAUCACACCACGCACAUUAACCAGCUGCAGCUCAUUGCAUCUAUAGACAACUCUCCCAUCUUUAAGGAUGUGGUUAAGCGCUGGAAAAACUACUUAAAAGGGAUUCGUGCCAAGCACAACUAGAAAAAGUGACACACCGGUGUAUGGUCGACAACAGAGAUGAUACCUGAAAGUUGAAUAUAUUCUUAUUUGAGAAGAGAGAGGAGGAAUAAAUGUGAGGUGGUGCUCACUUUGUGUGUCUGUGCGUGCGUGUGUGUGCGUCCCGGUUUUGGAUGGGGCUCAUAAACUGAAAGACGAGUUUAUUCAGCUGCAGCUCAACACUAAACGUUUCUCUCGUGUGCUCUGUUGCAGGUUUUAUCUCUUCUGCAACAUCGACUGUAGCUCUUCUCUCCGGUUUUAUUUCCUUGAGCUAGUGUUUGUAAUUAUGCACAGACCUAGUUUCAGUGCGUAUGUGCGCGCGUGUGUGUGUUGUGCGAGUGUAUGCGAGUGUUUAGAGUAACACUAUAUGAUGAUGCUAGAGGAAGAUGAAACUCUGAGUUAUAGAAACUGAGACACGUUUCCAACAUUUGUUUUAUGCAUCCACCACAAGCCUCUCCUCCAGUUUAUUUUUAACCAUUUCAGACAAAGUUUAUUCAUACAUUUACGCAGAUUUUAUAAAAACAAAUAAUUUUGAGUAAAAGGUUGCCAAAAAAAAAAAAAAACUCUCACAAUCAAACGGUGAAACAUGAUGCUUUUAUUUUUCCUGCCCUGAAACCUCAAAGCUUAAAAAUGUAACGGUAAAAGGAUUUUUAAAAGAAAAGAGUGGAGAUCAAUUUAUUCCGUUUUUACACAUUCACUUUAUGCUUACUACUGGCAGCUUCCUCUCUCCUCUCUUCAUUUCCCCCCCAGGACACAGAUAAACACUUGAAGGAGGAUUAUGUUGUUAUGUCUUUUGCAAGCUUAUUUUCGCAUAAAUACUCAUUUCUCUUUGUUAUGUUCAUUCAGUCACAGAUUACAUAUUCGUCACGCUGCUCUGAGGAAUAAACACCUCAAAACCUUCAGGUGGUUAGACCGGCGCCGCUUCCUGCAGGUCUCCUCGCUUCCUCCCAACAGUUCCUCUGUGUUUAACUCGUUAUGUCAGAACCUGUGCUCAUCAUUGGUCUUACAUGAAACUCAAGCUGACCUCUUAUGAAACAGAAAGGAACACACAAGCAUUUGUGUAAGAUCUAAGCCCUACAGCAACCUCUUAAUCAAUAACGUAUCCUUAUUCGACACCAGUCCGGACAUCCCUGUAACAUUAGUACCUCUUAUGUGAGCUUUAAAGAUGACAGAGUGUGUGCUGCCGCUCUCAGCUGUAACUAAACCUGUGGAAGUCCAUUAGUUGGUCAUAAAAUUAAAACAUAGUAAUGCAUGUGCCUUUGCAGAACAAAGCUGCAGGGUUGUUUCUGAAUCCCGAUUUCAGAUUCUGGAUGGUGACGCCAGCCGGGUCGGCUCAGCAUCACAGCUGAUCACCAACCACAGAAAUGAGCCGCACUGAUUAAGCCCCUCUGCUCUGUUUGUGAUAAUGCUCGAAACAGCAUAAAUACAUUUUAUAUUUAAAUUUCUUAGCGGGUUGUCCAGACGUGAACGUGCAGAAAUUUCAGUGUAACUUCCUGGUCUCCUUUGAUAAGGUCAAAUUUAUUAUCAUUCUUUAUUCACUCUGUCUCAAGCCUGCAGAUGUAAACAGGUCAGCAAUGUUUAACUGUGUCACACGACAAUGUGAAUUAUGUCGACUUUGGUGAAAUGUCAGUAAUCCUUAAGAAACCUUAUAGAGGAACCAACAGAGCCCUCACUGCAGUUUUACCAUCAAACUAAAGAAUAUAUUUCAGUUGAACUUUGUUUCGGUGCCAAACUUUCACUAUAAAUGAAUCUCUGACAUGACUGUUACUCAUAAAAAGUUUAUGCUCCCGGGUCUAAAUGACAGCAUCAUUAGUUGUUGCCUCAUUUAAUACAUCUCCAUGCUUCGUUUCUGUCCUCUAAUGUACUUGUUUACUGCAAACAGUUCUUCCCGAACCCUGUACGUCUAUGUAAUAAUUGCAGGAUCAAGUGUAAAUUGUGUAGCUGUUGUGCAUUCAGGCUGCAUCCCGCUAACAUGCCAAUUUAUAACAUUUAAAUUGACAAUGCGAGGAGUGCUGAAGGUCGAGGGUGAAGUUUCCACGAACACAAAGAGGCUGUCAGUCCCAGCAGACUCUCAUUGCUCCUCUCGGCUGCUGCGGGUGCAUGAACUCAGCGUUUUUAAUCUGAGUGCUGCCCUGUUGACCGCUACGCGAGGAGAAACGGCCUCGCAGAGACACUAACAAUUCACCCGGCUAAUAGGCCUGAGAGGCUGCACACAGCACAGUCCCCGGUCUGAGGAUGAGUCAGCAUCCACUGGCAUCGCACCCGCAAAGAAAACAAAGUGGAGGCCUCAGCAUUAAUGAGGCUCUCAUCGAUCUACCUUAAAGAUUAUUAAUGGGAAGCAGGAGACUGGGGCUGGUUUGGUCCUCUGAAGGUGUUGAUGGUGGAUUUUCUUCAGCCAUUUUCAUAAAACUUUGAGAACUUUUCCCCCUCAUGGUCUACUUUUAAAGACGGAUUCAAGAAGCUUGUAUUUCACUUCAAUAUGCAGGAAAAAAAAGCCUGCUACUGAGACAGCUGAGUUGUUUUUGCACAAACUUAGUAUUGAUGAUUCUUCCUGACCGUUCAGCUUCAUUUGCAGCAUCAUUCAGAAGUGAUGGAUUUAGAGCAGAGUACUAGAGCCGCUCUUAAAUAAAAAUAAAAAAAACACAGAUUAUUGAGAAAAAAGGCUGUAUUAUUCUCAGAAUAAAAACACAAUAUUGAGACCGUUCUAACCGUUCAAUCCAGUAAAUAAAUUAGUGUAUGUUUGUGCUGCACGUCACAGCGUUGAGAGCCCAAGUUUGUUUGCGAUGCCUGCAUAUAUCUUGGCUUUAAAAUACAUCACCCAACAACAAAUACACAAGAGAAAAUACAAAAACAAAGUCAGCCAGACACAAACAUCCAAGAGCACAAAACUCACCAACUGAUUUCACAGUGAGCAACAGAAGAUAUGAGCUGUAACACAAGGAAAUACUCUAAAUAAGAAGCACCCGAUGGUUCAUGACAGUACCCUCUUAAAAAGCUUCACUUUUAAAUUCAAAUGACUCAAGUCCCGUUUCAUACACUUGUUUCUGAUAAAUGCACAUUCAAUCUUAUCAACAAGUCUAUUCAUACUUUUCUUAUCAUUUUAUUUUCUUUGAAAUGACUUUCCAUUACAAAAGUUGAACAUCAGAGUGAGAGAAUAAUUGCAGCCCUGGGUCUAAGUAAAGAAAAUGUUAUGGUUGAGUAUUGAGUGUACUUUUUAUCUUGAUGAUCUGAGGUUUAUUUUUUGCACUUGCUUGAUUUGCUUUGUUCAUUUCCUGGUAGCAUUUUCUUCCCAUGAAUACUUGCAAAAAUCAUGAUUUUAACUUCACAGGACACGUAAGAAUACGGAGUUUAAAGGGAACAUUCAGGAAUUGAAGUUUUGAGUGUGAUUGUCCAUUUUGUUUAAACCAAAGUCAUCGAUUCAACUCUAUUUGAAUUUGUAUAUUUUUGUGCAAACUGAUUUCCAUUUAGCAUUUAAUGACGUUGAGUGUUUCGGCGACGUCACAGAGACACUGCCUUUUUAAGAAAUGUUAGUUUUUCAGAAGUAGGUUGAGUAGAUGUUAGUAGAAAUAAGAGAUGUAAAACUCGCUUUUGUUAAAGGGGAAGUGUGCAACUAGAGAAAAGCAUUUAGUCAGCUACUGUUUGAAUGAGCCAAUAGCUGCGAAUCUCCUUCAAAGUUUUGUUUCUUCUUCUCAGAUUUUGCAUUUCCUCCAUCUUUUGUUGGAAUAAUUUUCAGAGGAGUGAGAUCAUUUGCAAGAUAGUCGCGAAAGCACAACUGCCAUUCUCCGGUCACAUUAUUUGGGUUGCAUUUCUGCGGGGUUGCUUUGUUUUUUAGAAAGAUGUGCAACGCCUUCAUUCAGGAAGCUGCUAUUAUUGUUCACUGUGGCACAGGUAUAAGAAUUUCAGUUUCCUCAUUUCAACUGUUUUUUUUUCCACUUUCUGUUGAAGACUAAAACAUAUGACCGCUGAGGUCAAAUGUGAUUUAUGCAAUAAAAUGUUUACUGGGGUUGUGACACCACAAGAGACCCAGAGCGGUUGUACAGACUUUUCAAUCCAAGCACAAUGUGCAAAUGCUACCAUUUUUUAGUCUAAGGAAGAGAGGUGUUUAUAUACAGAGUAAAUCUUUGUGCUUUAAAAAUUUGCUUUUUAAAGGUGUACAAAAUAAAAGCAUUUUUCUUAAA